GAUUUUGAUGUUUAUGUGACUGGAGUGUGCUUCCUGCAGCGAGGAGCUCAGGCCUACCUCAUUUUUGCCUGGCAGGUCAGCUGCUCUGUGUUUCAGUCUGAAGCCGUUGGCUGCUACUGAACCGUUUGGCUCUUUUCUCUACUAGCGAGCAAACCUACAAUCUAGACCCAACUGUCCAUCCAGCUCAUUUUUAAGGGGAUUUAUCAUCAUAUAUGCCCGUGUAUCCAAAACACAUCGGUCAUUGGGGAUUCCUAGCACCGGAUGGCCGGGUCUGCAGGCCGUUAUAACGCGUUUUCGAGGUUUAAUUAGAGCUAGAAAACAACGGUGGUGGAGGAGGAGGAGAUUCCAUAUUAGGAGCACAGAGGAGAAGGCACCCCCCUUGUGUGAUUUGGAGCUUUUGGUGAGUGUUUACCGCCUUUUUUCACUGUUAUUGCCAUUAUAAAUUAUACCUGAACGCGAAGUUAACACGUAUGGUUGUAUGUGCAAGGUUUGGGAGGGUUAUUGCGCUGUUUUAACCGUUUAUUUUAACAUUUUCUCUUGGGUGUGGGGGAUGGGCAGCGUCAGCGCGUGAGUAGGCGCGCGCGUACUGUGCAUGUGUUCGGAGGGCAGUUCUCGUGGUCGGUUUGUGUUUGUGUGCGCGCCCUUCCUUCCUGCAACUGAAGCUAGCUUUGAAAUAAACUCACUUAAGUAAUAUGUAGUUUCAACCACCUGAUUUGAAAUUGUUUUAAUGCGUUACUGGUAACAUGAAUCUCUGUGACUCAACUGUCUAACUUUUUAGCCAACUAUUUAAUUUAAUAAGUUUAGCUAAUAUAAAUUCUUAAAAAAAUUAUCAAAGGUGAAGCCUAAUUAUUUUUCUGGCUGUUUAAAUGCACUUUGUACCUGUUUUGAGACAAACUGUAAGUGCUUUCAUAGUAUUGCUAAAAAUUAAAAAACAAAUUUUAGAAUUAAAAAAAAAAAGCAUCUGUAGCUCCUGCAGCAUAAUCAGCACUAAAUCAUUUUAAUAAAGAUCUUGGAAUGUCUGAGGACAGUGUUGCUGUUGAUGAUCAUCCUUAAUUUUCAACAAAGAAUAGAUAAUGAGAUAUUCCCAUGGGUACUGUCCAUUAUUAUAUAAUAUUAUUUACUAUAUUCCAGUUGUACCAAUCUUAUUCAAAGGUUUCUAGAGUGCCUUGCAGCUGGUUACUCCAAAGCCAUAGGCCCUGUGGGGGAAGGGUGACAACACAUACACACACACACACACACACACACACACACACACACUCAUACACACACAUACACACACCCAAGAGGGCCACUUGCCAACCUUGUGGAGCUCAACUCAAUGACACGAUGUACCAGCCCUAGAUAAGGGAAAUGCGCUGAAUCUGGUUAGCCAGAGUCAGGAUUCACGGGCUAAUUGGGUUAUGGUAUUUUUAGCUGUGAAUUGGGAUUCACAUCAAAAUUCUUUAUGUUCAACAUCUUCUGUCACCAUUUACAUCCACACAAGCCUCUGCUAGUGCUGUAUGUUAUGCUCUGUUUUGUGGAACUUGCAUUGAAAGUAGGCUUUGUAAACAAUAAUGUAAGAUAAGGUGUCCUGGUGACAUACUGGAAGUCCUUGGAGUACAUUACUACUACACUGAAGUGCACAUAAAUUUUGGCCGUUUAUCUAAGGAAAUGAAAAGGCUGUUAAAGCAUUUCCUUAAAUUAUCUGAUCUGGCAAGUUCAAUAGUUUAGGUUUGAUAACUUCAGCAUAUUUUCCUUUAAACGCAUGCCAUGGUAAUUCUUUGUCUAUUUUUUUCUCCCUCUUUGAAUCAAGAUCACUGACUACCAUCCAGCUAUUACCUCUUGCACAGGUGCACAACGUGUGUGUGUGUCAGCUGCCUGUCAGACUUUGUGGUGCAUUCAAAAGCAACUUAUAAUAGUGGUGAGACAACACAUAUGUUGGCUUUCAUUUAAACUCAUACAUUGAAAAUGACUGUGCCUGUCAAGCAAGGUAUUCCUGCCAAAAAGUCUGGAAAGGUAUUCUGUGAACAAUAAUAUAAUUUCUGUUGGUCUGUUUUGCAGUUAUGGCUCUUUAAUUUUCCUUUUUUACCCCUUAACUAACCACGAAUUUUGAUGCAAUUCAAAAAAAAUUGUAUGUGGAUAAACAAGCGUAGCCUAGCUGAGCCGAAAGUCUGCCUUCUGUCAGGCAUGUGAAGCAGCAUUUCCUAAAUUCACAUCUGAUUUAGGUAUGGUUUUUUUUAGCACUUUUUUGGGCUCCAUUAUAGAUGACUGGCAUUGAGAUCAGGGUCACACCUGAACAACAAAUCAUGUUUGACAAGGGAGGUUUUGUUCCUGUAAGUUGGCUUCAUAAAGUCAUAAACUAAAUCAGAGGUAAUUGAGUGUCAGGGUUGCAGUUUCCAAUUUGAAGUGGAAACAGUUUCUUCAUCAGACUCUAAAAAUGUGCCUUUUUAAACUGACAACUCCAGUCUAAAAAUUUGAACAUAACUUUCAGAGAGGGAUAGGUUUGUAACAUGAACUCUUAUAGCACUCUAACAGAAAGCUGUUUUUUUUUUAUAUUUAACUUCCAGCUUAAGCUCAUGCCUUUCUUAUCCAUGGAUCUUACUUCAAAGUAAAGCUACCUGCGUAAGUCAUGCUGGUUUUUUGGUACAAGUCUAUGCAGAUCGUGAUCACUUCACAUGAGACACAAAAUGAGGUUUUCUGCCCAAGACGGUGACCAAAAAAAUGAGUUAUUAACCUUUAUAAACAUUGGCUAGCCUUAUUGUCAGCCAAUUUCAAAGCCUAAUUCAACAUAUCAACUAUAAUGGGUAAAAUGGGUUAUGGCUUUAAAAACAACUUCCCUGUCAUUGUUUUAGGCCUGAUUUUGAUGUUUGUUUUGUAGCAUUAAGCUACCACAAUGUUUUUUGUUGUUUCAAAUGCUCCUGUAAAAGGGUGUUUCUCACAUCUAGUUUACACACAAGUGGGUCAUAUUCAAAUACCAAUGUGCCCUGACUGAUAUCUAUCUCAAGAUCUAUUGUUCAGCUUAAUGAAUUCAUGUCACUGCCUCCAUAAGAAUUGCAAGAUCGUGGUUGGAUGAAUCUUUUCCUGAGAGGACAGUAUUUUGUUCAGUUCUUGAUGGCUAUAAAUGGAUUCAAGCUUGAUUUGGUUGAAUGUGGAGCCUUGCAAACACUUGAAAGAAAGACUUUAAUUCCCAAGUAACAAAAACGAAAGCCUAUGAAAUGAUAAAUGUUGUUAGACACAAACACUGAAUGACAGAAGACCAAUGCUGUUGUUGAAUUGUGAAGAUGUGUUUUUCCCCUGUCACAAUCUCUCUGUGACUCUCACAUAUGGUUGGCACAUGACUUUUAGGUAUUGUUGCAGUUGCUCUUUGAGAGUUAUUUCUGUAACACUCAGUUUAACGCUGUCUGCUCAGUAUUUUGAAAUGUGGAUUAAAUUUAUAAUAAAUCACAAACUCAUUACUCCAAAUGCCACAGAAAGGUAGCAAUAAUACAUGCUGUAGAUGUCCUGAUAACUAUGGACUCCACUAUGUUGUGGCUGGAGAAAAAUGUUUUGAUAUUGGGGACUGCUAAUGUUUGUAAUGCUGUGGUUUGGCAGUGUUUGGGUCAGGUGAAUGGAGAAUAAAUAAAUGAAGUUGUACAUUAGUUGUAUAUGGUUAAACUGGCAUAGAACACUCAUCAGGAGCAUUGCAUAAUCACAGGGUUUCCCCUACAUGCACUUGAACGUGGCGCAACGCCACGGCUAAAUAAAAGCCACCACUCAUUUAAUGUCACAGCUAAUUUAUCCCCACCCCCCCCAACCCCCAUUGACCCAUUUAAACCGGGACAGCAUGUACGCAUUUCAACCUUCCAAGCAGGGAGGGCGGAUGCGCAUUUCUACUCGGAAAGCCGGGUGCAUGUACGCAUGUCUACCCUUGAAGUGCAGAUACGUCAUUUUAUAACAUUCUGUAGUUUUUUAAUCAUUUCUGGAGUCGUGGCGAAUCAAAUCAUUAUACCUGUCUGCCUCUGAUAGGCUAAUAAACGAUUGGAUUCAUGCUCAGAUCUUGCUACGUGCUUCGUGAGUACAGUAAACAAUGACGGAGGCAGAGAGCAGUGUGAACAACCUCUUCAUAUUGAGUGCUUUGGCUCACACUAUCGGCGAUUUCUGUGAGUGUUGCAUGACUUUGGGUGAGCACAGACAUGAACACACCGUCAGCCACGUAUUUAUUCAUUUAUUUAUUUUUUAGUUAUUAGUGCUGCUUUUGUACUGGCACUAUUCUGGGGCAGCUGCAUACCCUUUCAACACUUUGUUUUUUAUAUUUACAUUUGUAUUGAAUAGACACUUCAUCAUGACUGCCACUUGUUUUACUGAAAGCAAAUAGUUUGUUAUUCUCCAGUGCAGAGUCUUUCCUUUUUAUUUAUACAGCCGCUUUAUUUCAUUUGAGUUUGUUUGUUCAAAGUUUUCAAAAAUGUGAUGAAGGUUCGGAAAAAUAAAAGAUAGUUAUCUUGAAAGCCACAUGUAUAAGCUCUCAAAUACUUUAAAAAUGUUGUUUCUAUCUGCUACAGAGGCCGAGAUAUCAGCUUUUUUGUAAAUCUCAACACUUCACUUUGGGUUAAUAAUAAGUUAUCUUCAGCAAACUCACUGCUGAUUUAUAACCUCCACUAAUUUGCGCAAUGCACACAUAAUAUAGCGUGUUUUGAUGCAAGAGUGAGCAACCAUGUACUAAAGAAGCAGUGUGAGCUUCUUUUAAGAAUUACAUACUUUAGAUUCAACAUCAAUAAAGGGGAAGCUCUAUUCUUGAGCUGUAAAGAUAAACUUUACAGUGUUUGAAGCCUUGACUGGCUGUAAUUAAGUUCUUGUACAUUUUACAAUCUGGGUAGCUGAUAACAUUGACUGGUAUUUGACUGCCACUGGCCAUGACUAAAUUUUCUAGCAGGCCUGUUGACCUCAACUUAGUCCCCUUAUAUUUUGGUGUCACAGCCAAGUUUACCUUACCGUUCCUGACAUCAGAUACAGAAACAGAGCAAUAAGGAAAAUCUAAUGUAUCUGUUUCUAUAAAGCGUCUAAUUUCUUAAGCUUCUUUCACUAAUUUGUUGUAUAAGGAAACUGACCAAAAAACAAACUAUAAUCUAAUGUAAACAGUGCUAACAAAGACAGUAAUUGUAACAGGACACAAGAAUCUAGUUAUUUUCAGAGCAGGCAGCUGAGUCAUGUUACGUACACAGGACACAUUGAUUAGUUGGCCUUAUUAAAUCACAGAGGAAGAGUGCUGGAGUAGUACAGUUAUGUAACCAUUGCUCGUCAGUGUUGUGAAUUGAAGAGGGAAAGACAAAAUGGACAAAGAAGUGGAGUGAGUGAAAAUGUCUUCCUCAGUUAGGUAAUGGCCUGACAUGAGCUGGAGAGAUGCACAAAUGUGGAGCAGUCAUUUGAAUACUUGAGUACACUACUUGGACUGAUAGAAGAAAUAAAAUACUGUGUUUUUGUAAUGGUGCUGUGUGAGGGGGAAGGGUGGCAGAAAUACUAUUAACACAUAUCUAUUUAAUCCUCUGCAGUACAGUAACUGCAGAGAGUACGGCCUCUCAAAUUAAAGUUAUGUCACAUCCUGCUGACACAUUUUUGUUGAAGACCACACAGUGGGUUGUUGAUGUGGUGUGUGAACUUUUUAAUUCUUGAUUAUUGUAUACUUCAUUUAAAUGUUUCAGCAUGUCCUUGACAGGCAGAACUAUCUUGUUUAUAUUGUGGACUUGAAGGAUCAUAAAGAUACCUUACAAUUGCCAGGGCUGCUUUACCAAUCAUAACUUAUGUACAUGCAGCAAGGCAGCUGUGGCUCAGGGGCAAGGUUGGUUGUCUUUUAAUGGGAACUUUGGGAGUUUAGCUACUAGCCAGUGGUAUUUGAGUGUUAUCAGUUAAUGCUGAUAGGUGCUCUUCAGAGCAGCGUCUGCCAUCAGUGUAUGAAUACAAUGUGAAUGGGUGAAUGUGACAGUUAAUGUAGAGGUGCUUUUAAUGGUCAGAAGUAGGGGUGUCCCAAUACAACUUUUUUAUGUCCGAUACGAUACUGAUAUUGUAGCCUUUAGUACUGGCUGAUACUGAUAUUGAUCUGAUAUUGCACAAAAUUGUGCAUGACAAAUUUUGCACUCAGCUGCAAUGUCUCUUUCAGACUUGAACAAAAAAUACUGCCACACAGUUGACAUCACUCCUACUCCUUGCUAUUUUAUUAGUUCCUCUGUAGAUACUGUCGUUGUGAUCAGGUAAGCUCUGCAUGCUGGAUCUGGGUGCUGCUAGAUAGAGGUGCUGGAGCAUAGUCUGGAAUGGACUGCUUGUAUCAGAGUGCUGAUAUCGGAGAUUUUAGAUGCAGGCCGAAAAUGUGAUAUUCGUUUCAUUGCUGAUAUAGGACCAAUAGACAAUAUCGAUAUCGUAUUGGAACACCCCUAGUCAGAAGACUAGAGAAACUGCUUGAUAAACACAGUCCAUUUCUUAUUUGUGUAUUGAGUUUGGAAAAGGUGAAAACUAAAGUGGGAUUAUUGAUAGAGUAAGAUGAGUAUUGCAACAUUUACUGGUGCUUUGCACAUGCAAACACAGAUAGCAUUAGCUGCCACUGCUUUAAAAGAGUUUUGUCUUUUCAGAAUUGUGUUACUACAAACUAUUACUAUGUUGACGUGUCCUAGGAUUGUUAGUAACAAAUUCAAAAUUUUAGGAUAUCAAAAUAUUGCUACACCCAGGGGUGUCGCUGGCCUAAAAGUCAAUGUACAGAAGUUGCGUGUCAAGGAUUGGGCCGGCAUAUGAUUCUGGCCUGCGGCGUCUUUUUAGCAUGUGAGUCUUUGCUUUCUUUUCCCAUUUCCUGCGGUGUCCACUGUCUUGUCUUCUCUUAAUGAAGGCAAUAAAGCCCCAAAAUACACAUUUGAAAUCACAAUAACAAGUCCAUGAUGCAAUAUUAUAUCGCAAUGUUAAAAAAUACCCCCACCAACAGCAACAACAACAAACGAAGAUUUGGAGAAAAGUGUCGUGUACAGCACUAAGCAGCUUUAAAAGUCAGCCAUCCAGGGUGAGUGAGAUCCACUGUGCUUUUUUGAGGCGUGCAAGUCUUGUCUGAAGCGCUCUGGAGGUCACGUUCAUUGUGUGGACAAACAGACAAAGCUUGCAGGUUUGGUGCUUUUUAGUUUAUCUGCUGAGAAUAAAUAACAUUGUAGGAAUAGUAAAGAUCUGUGUGCUCAAACAGGUUUGGAGGAGUAGAUAUUUGAGGCACUCUCUGUCUCUCUCUCUCUCUCUCUCUCUCUCUCUCUCUCUCUCACACACACACACACACACACACACACACACACACACACACACACACUCAUAGCCAUAUUUUGUUCACACUCAGGUCUCCUUACAUGCACACUGAGACCUGCUUAUACACACAUACUCAGUUGACAGCAGUCACAUUGUGUGUAUGUGUGCAGCAACCCCAGGGGUCAAGUUCAACAUUGUGAGGAAUGUGUCUGUGCAGGGCGGCCCCUCCCCCACUCUACCCACAAGGCUUUGAAGUUUACAAGCCUGCAGCGCCUUUCCCCCUCUGCUGCAGAGACCAAGGGUGAUUAUUUGUGCCCGUCUCCCGUCCCACCCUUAAGGUGGUCAUAUAAAUGAGGUUGUAUUUUGCAAGGCUUGUGAUGCCUUGUUUGUGAUAAUAUGUUAGUGACAAAAUGAUUUUGACUUUUGAAUAAAUUUUGUGAAUUUCCCAGUUUGGGAUCUAUCUGUCUGUCUGUCUGUCUGUCUGUUUGCUGAAAUGUGUAUUGUCUUUUUAACCAAUUUAGUGUGUUAUUUUAUGCCCCAUGUAUCUUAAUAAUCAUUUCCUGUUGUUUGUUUUUUUAUGACUGUGUGGUACAAACAUUAUCACAAAUUGCCCCUGUGGGAAUUGCAAUAAUCAAGAAUAGCAGCCUUCUGGAUUUAUCCAGAAUCUUGCAUUUUCUGACCCGAAGAGUUGACCUACAUUAAUAAUUGAUAUCCUUAAAAACACUUUAAAGGCAUGAGGAUGACAAGCUGUGUAGUGAUCCUAGGAGUAGUUUAGGACUUGUACAGGCUGAAAUUUUACAUAGUGUUUUUGUAGAGGUGAAAAUGAAUCUGAAGCACUUUAAAGUAAGACAUGACGUGUGUCCAGCAAGGACCACAGAGAAUACAGUAGGAUCUGGCUUUAAACAGCACUGUCUUUUGAACACAGUGAUCAGUAGCAGGGAACAAUGUUUUUUCUCUCUCUCUCUCUCUUUCUCUCUCUCUCUAUGCAUUGACGUGGUUAUCAGCAUGGUCUGUCUCUAUCAUUGAAACUUUCUUGUUAUCCAAAGUUAAUCUAAAUCAGGACUCUGUUAAAAAAAACCAAAACCAAAUCUAGUCGGUGAUGCUGCCCAACAUUCUGUGGCAGAAAUGAAUAACUGUCUGUUAUUAGGAAGGUUAAAAGUUUUUCCUUUAUUGUUGGGCUGAAUCACUUGGUUAUUGCAGUUUUGGCAUGCUCAUGAGCAAUGCGAUAUGUUGCAGGAUGUGUGAUGACAGUCAAAUGCCUCACAUGACUCUAAAUUUAAACUUGCACACAGCGCUGCUGCCUUAACAGGUUCAAAGAAUGGACUGCCUCUUUACAUUGUGGGAACACUGACAAUUGUCACCAACAGGACCAUUUAGGCCCGAUCCACAUGGAAAUUAAUUCAGGAUUAAAUGCUAAAGUUUUUAGUCAUGUCGGUGUUUCAUCCACUCAGAAACAGCGUUUUGGGUGACUGUAAAUGGUAAUUUUUGAAAACAGAUCCCAGAGUGCAUAAAUCCGUACACAACUACUGUUACGUCUCUGUGAGGACACCUAUGUGUCUGUAUGUUUCUUUACACUACUACGUCACACACAUAGACUGUAUAUAGAAUGGACGCCGUAUGCCUCCUCGCUGGAUGAAGCCACUCCGAGAACAGCACACUCUGGCGACGGGCUGCAGUAUAGGUCAUAAAUCCUGCCUCUGCUAGCAAUACUUAUGGGCUGUGGACAAACUUUACAAAGUAAUUACACAGAACAUUAAUCUUUUUCACCCUACUUGCGAUGUUGACAUGUAGUUACAGUAAAACUGGUUUGUGCUCAAGUCCUCUUUUUUUCUGUACAGCUUCAUUUUUAAAAGUUAUUAGGGGGUUCAAGGUUUCUAUGAUUGACACCUGAUACAGCCUAUGGGCAUACAAAGAUUGCGUAGCUCACCCGGGGGAUACGCUGUUUGAGCCGAGCGUCAUCGCAGCGAAUCUUGGCACCUCUCCCGCUGAAUGCGAACAAUGCUACUGCGCAAGUGGUGGAGUGCAUUCAAUGUGAUUGCGCGAUGUUGGUUUCAGGAAAUGGAGAGAAAACGCGAAAUUACUCUUUACUUACUUUUUGGCUUCAAAUCUGUAUACUGUCGGAUUUCGGAACCAAGUUGUCCAUAGUAUAUACUGUCUAUGGUUACACAGCUUUACUCUUUUAAGACGCCUGCACAGAACUGAACUGCAUACACCACAAAACCUUCAUACGCAUGCUCCGUACUCUUCUUCUGUCUUCUGGAGCAUUUCCGGGACAGUGUUACAUUGCUACUUGCUGGCUUGGCAAGCACACUUAAUUCUUUUCAGUGGUUUUCAGUGGAAGCAAUAUAUUGUUUUCAUCUCCGUAUGGACAGGACCUUAGUCUUAACUUUAAUGUCGACACCUUAAACACAUUAGAAGUGUAGUGUUGUAAAGUAUGCAAACAAAGAUAGUGAGAGCUUGGCUGAGAAGAAGUUACUGUUUCUGGGGGGCUGUCCUUGUGAAAUCAUAGCCACCCAAGUAUUUUUCCAACCAUUUACACAUUUUCCACUUUUGUUAGCUGUUUAUGACAGCAGUUUUUGAAAGAUAAACUAGUCUGCAUUUGCUCUUUGCACAUGUUUGUGUGUGAAUUCUGUAGCAAGCUGUACAGUGGUGAGUUUUGUUAACUGCUUUGACUUCAGUGUUAUGUCUCAUGUUGAAGGUGAACCUCUUGCUUGUUGCUGUAUAUUCUUUUCCACAGUGUCUUAGUUUUGCAAUGUUGAUAAUAACCUUACUGAUAGGUGGCUUACCUGACAACAAGUAAAAUGUUUUAAAAAUAGGAGUUAUGUUGUUAGGGCUACCAGUAUCUGGUAGGAUUUCAGCCUCUCCCGGGAAUAGAGACUUGAUGUUGCGGUCAAGUACAAAUGGAUUUAUCCACUGUGGGUUUUAGCAGUUACAAACUCAAAUGCAAUAUUGUAGCUGUAGGUUAUAAUUUUGUUCUUUGCCUGGCUAAAGACUACAUGCCACACACCAAUUCCCAUAACUCUUUAACUGUUCCGUCUUCUUCUAGAAAAUCAGACAUGAGAAUCGUUUUCACUCAUCUGCAUCAAAAAUGUAUGGGUCAUAAAGAUGUGUCCCAUUCACUAAUGGUAAUUUAGCAGCAUAAAUUAUUUUAAAGCUGGAGGAUAAACUGUCCUAGUACACUGACAUCAUCACUAGCUAACAUCGCAACUGCAAGAUAACUGAGGAUAGCCGCGACAAUUGCAGUCACGUUGCGCUUUUCCAAUGUGUUCAUGAACAAAUAACCCCUCUAUUGUUUUUCUCAAGUUUCAUCUCACAAUUCUGCCAGGCAAAGAACAAAAUUAUAACCUACAGCUACAAUAUUGCAUUUGAGUUUGUAACGGCUAAAACCCACAGGCUUCUAAAUGGCUGCACUCCAAUCCAGCAUGGCAGGUGGAUCAAAUACACAAGCAUUAUAAUCAAUGUGUGUGAUUCCACACAAUUCUGUCGUCACAGUGCAUCAAUUCAGUGCAUGAGCAGCAGUGGAAGUUGUGUGUGGCUAAAGAAUAAAAUAUUCGGUUAAUUUUCAACAUGAAAUAAAGUCAAUACUAGGGCUGUAACGAUACACUAAUCUUGCGAUACGAUACGAUACGAUAUAUUUGGCUCACGAUACGAUAUAUAUCACGAUAUUCCGCUCACGAUACGAUUCGAUACAAUUCGAUACACUUACAUCAUUUUCUGAAACAUUUGAAAGUGAAAGAGUGAUUUUGUUAACAUCUUGUGAGUGUUCCAUUGACUUGGAUUGAAUAUUAACAAUAUAUGGCUCUGACUGGCAACUUGCAAAUGCUGGACAAAAUGAAUCAAAGAUGUGAUGAGAACAUUAGUUUCAUUUAUUGAAACUCAGUGCAAAUAUUAGCUUUCAAGCUUAUAUACAAUACUGAACGUGAGGUAGCUAUUAAAAUUGUACCCAUCUCUUAGCAGACUAGCAUAAGGCCUGUAAACUCUGACCAACAAGUGAACACUAAACACAAAAACUCUCCACAUAACUGCAGACCAAGUGAUCUACAUUCUCUUCAGAUUUUUGUUCAGGAAUAGAAUCUAAUCAACGUGCUCUGGGAGAAGUGCACUUCUCUGAGCAGUGAUGAUAUCGCCGGCGGUGGAGAAAACCCUUUCUGAGGAGACACUAGUAGCAGGAAUGCAAAGGUGUCUCUUAGCAAGCUUUGACAAGAGUGGAUACUCAAACUGGUGCUCCUUCCACCAGACCAGUGGGUCUUCUUUCACUUCCAAGAGAUCUGCCUGCUUGUAGCGGGUCAUCUGCUCCUUGGCUUCAUCCUCUUGCUUAUUUGUCUUGGAUGGUGCUACACCACCUCCUCCAUAACAUUCACCAAGAAGGGCAGCCAGUGGACAAGAUGGCCUUGGAUUCCUGGGUCGAGGACCCUGACCUUCAAAUAAAUAAACAAUAAAAACAAAAACCCAUUAAAUAUGAAUAGUUAAGCACAUUCUAUAAGUCCUACACAGUGGUUCCAGACAACACAGUGCACUUCAUUGGAUAACGAUGGGUGAUACUGAUCUUGACUGUUCUCUCCCUUCUUGAAUAGCUCACCAUCAUCUACAGCCUCUUCUUCGGAUGACAUCCCCUCAUCAUCAGUUCUAGCGUUUUCUGUCCUUUCUUCCUUCACAUUCUACAUCAAAUGAAUCAACAUGAAAUGAAAUUCAUGAGCUUUUACUCCAAAAAACUUUUAAUUACUAUAUUUAAUAACUAUGCCAUUAAAAUUGUUAACAUAGUAUUUAUACUUUUUAAACUAUUUAAUAUUUAUCCAUUUUAAACUGUUAAUAGUAUUUUUGCUUUUUAAACAAUCAAAUAUGUACCCAUUUUAAACUGUUAACAUUGUAGGAUUUGCCUUUUAAACUUUGAACAAUGUAUUAUUUAGGCAUAUGCUUAGUUACUCUCUGGAUUGCCUUACCUCAGAUGGCUGCAUGCUCAGUCUUGCAGCCUGAACAAUCAGUUCAUCAUAAACUUCCUGUCUUUCGUCCUCAGUCAGGAAGGGAAGACUUUUGCAGAGAGAACGCUGCCUCCUCAGCUGCUACAGUCAUAUUCGCCGCGUUGUCAGUUACAAUCACUGGAUCCUUCUCCGUGAUUUCCCACUCAGCGAGGGCCUUUCGCAGAAGUUCUGCAAGGUUCUGUCCGGUGUGGCUCUCGGGCAUGUCCCUAGUUUGUAACACAUAGGUAACAAGCUCCCAUUCUUCGUUUAUAAAGUGGGCCGUGACGGUGACAUAUGCCUCUGUUGUUCGCGAGGUCCACCCGUCGCACGUCAGGGCAACUCUCUCCGCACUGGCCAGGGAGGCUUUGACGUGUGCCUUCGUCUCAGCGUACAACUUUGGCACACAAACAUUAGUGAGGUGUUGGCGGCUAACGAUAGGAUAGCGGGGCUCCAUCGCGUUCACCAUGCGUCUGAAGCCGGUGUUUUCCACCACCGAAUAAGGUCUCAAAUCCUGACGAAUAAAGUAGGCGAUGGACUCUGUAAUUUUUUGCGCCCUCGGCGAAGAUGCUGGGAACUUGUGGCACCAACUGCUGUCACUGCCCAGCGUGGUUUGUUUCGGGUCACGCGGCUCGCCCCGCAGCUUCUUGGGCUCAGUGUCAGGUAGCAUUACCUUGUCCGGGUGGUGAGGUUUUAAGUGGGCUCGCAGGUUGGUGGUAUUCCCAGAGUACUUCACAUUUGUGUGGCAAAGCUUACAAACCGCCAUAGUUUUGUCCAAAUUGUCGCUCUCCUGCUUGUUUUUGAAUCCAAAAUGCUCCCAUACAUCUGCUUUUAAGCAUGCAGGUGCUGGAUUUAUAUUCGCCGCCAUUCUCCUGAAUCUCUCAGCUCAAACCGGAUGAGAAAGGUGCCGGCGUUUGCGUAAUUAGACAUGCGCUACAGCGACACUAGCGGCUGGCGGACCUAAUUGCACAUCCUGCGCGUAUCGAUACUCGCGGCUGAAAAAUCGAUACUCUCUGGGGAAACAAAAUAUCGAUAUAUAUCGCAGAAUCGAUAAAAUCGCUCAGCACUAGUCAAUACAUUGAAAUGUUCUUCACUUGAUAAUAGGAGAGGCCAGGGUUGUGGGAUGUGGGUGUUUGUAUACACCGCCGUUUAUAUACACCGAUCGGCGGAUCUCAUAUAAUGUCUCACAGGGAAACACGUGAGAUCUUGUCCAGUCUCGUGGGAAAUAAUGGUAAUAUAGCAAGCGCUUCUUCUCUGGUUUGCGGUGGUGGAUCAGAUCCGAUGUGCGCUAUAUGCUUGUGUAUUUGAUCCACCUGCUGGUCUGGAGUGGAGCCAUUCCGAAUCCAGUGGAAUCCCCGGGUAAGGCACACACAUACACAUGAAGGUAUACAGUGGCUCUCUGGCUCCUAUUGCAAUGGUUCCAUGAGACAAAAAAAAUCGUUGCACAGAAUGAUUUUCUUGUAGCAUUUGUGACAUAUCUGUUGCACUUAAUAAAUGCAUUUGAUCACCAUUGUGAAGAAGUUUUGGAUGAACACUGAAAGAGAUUUAAAAAAUGAGAUAAAGAGGACACAAGACUACAUUUAAGUGGAUGUUACUAUUGUUACUUUUUAGCAGGUAUUUUUUUUUUCCUCAUACAACUCCCAGUGUCACUUUCUGGUCCUCUGUUUGACACGGUGUGUUGAAAGGCUGUUUUCUCUUGUAGUUGCAAUAAAAUUUAAGAGGUAUUUUUCAACUGAGGCCAUAUUUUCUCAGAUUUGUGUGUGCUUGACUGAUCAGUUUCUGAAACUGGUGCAGUAUUUAGGGAGAGCGGAGCAGCCACCAGCUGCCAAGGAAGCUACAGCAUAGUUUCACGGAGCAAUUUUGUGCUUUGGUUAUGGAGGACUGAUUCCUGUUUUUGUUGCUGUGCACUCUUUUGGAGAGUGAUCUCUAUUUAGUGAAGAACCCAAGUUUGUGCAAGUUUGAAGCUUUGAUGAGGGCAUGAUAAUGAAGCAGCUUUAUUUCUGUGUUAGCUCUGAUUCUCUGCCUCAUCAACACUUUAAGGGCCAAUAUUUACAAAACUUGCAUAUCAUUUCAUCAGGAAACACGUAUGUAAACUGCCUGUGGGGUGUAUUUAUGUUGUAAUGUGUAUUUUAAUUAGGAACAAUUUGAGUACAAAUACAACACAAAGGCUGUAAGGGUUACAGUCUAAAAUACAACAAUGGUGUUUUGUCCAACAGUUGAGUCAGAACAUGGCUUUAGAUUUUGGACCUCAGGUUUUGGCUCUCGGACACAGAAUAUAAACCACUGAGAUUUGUGUUUAUUUUUAACAGCUGAAAAUAGGACACUGCAAUAUUGAAGUUGGGCUGUUUGAUUGGUUCUUUCCUUCUUGAAUGGAUUAGAAUUUAUCUAGCAGGUAUUUGUUGAUUUCUUUGCCAAAGCUAAUGUCAGACCAACAGUUAUGGUAGCCUUCACAUUUGUGUCAAUGAUACCCUUGUGAAAUAUAGAAGCCAAGCAUUUGAACAGGUUGAGUAUGUUCCAUCAUAUUGAUGCAGAUGUCUAAUUCUAAAACUCUUUACAGUUAGUUACAAGUUACAACUCCUCCAUUUUUAUUUUGAUCUCUUUGUUGCUGUAGCUCACUCCAACACCCCAGCCUCCUCCGUAUGUGCUCUAAUUUCUAAUUUCUAUGAUUGUUCAUUUAGCUAGAAUCUACUGCCCAUGAGCUGAAGGCAUAAUCCUCUUGACAAAGUUCUUGUCACUGCUAUCACUCCUAUAGCCUUUUCUGCAAAAUCUGAAUGUAAUCCUUCUCUGGAAAUGGUGAGGUUCUUGAUGUAUGUGUCUCUGAAUGUCAAGAACUACGUUUUGUUAAAGGAAGCCUCUGUUUGCUUUCUGACCAUUAAAAAUCAUUGUUUACGACGAGUGUCUGUCCCUCUGUUGCUUAAAAGAGGGAAAAGGAGAGACACUGGGCAUUCCUCAGCUUCCAGGACAGGGCUGACCCACCAACACUGGAAUGCCUUUCUGAAGCUGCAAUAUGUUUGCACAUAAUUGAGUAAUGUAAUACCAAACUGGUUGUGUGGCCUUUGGCAGAGCUGCUUUUGUCCAACAUGUUUGAGUAUGCCACAAGGAUGUCCGUGAGUUUGUUUUGAGAUGUAAAUCUGAGAAUGAGGCUAAUUUUCCAAAUAACGAUUUUUUUUUUUCAAAUUAAAGGUGGGGUACGCAGGACUCUGUUAAAGAUGUAUCUUUUUUGUGGUGUAUAUACAGAAAACCUUUCAAUAUCAGUCAAUAGCUAUAAGUUAUUGGUGACAUUUGGUAAUAAGCCAUGUGCCGAUAUAAAAAAAUUUGAUAUCACGAUAUUGGUGGCCCAAAAUAUCACGAUUCACGAUAGUAGCACUAUAUUAGCGCAUUGCUUUUAACGUUAUUAAAAAUGGCAAAAAACUGCUAAAUCACUUCUCUGUGCACAGCAUGACACACACAAACAAUAUGAGCAAGAGGCAGCUAACGCAACGUUGGGAGCGUUCGCUGUUUGGAGCUAAAGUUAGCAGAAACAUCACGAACGUUGUCAAUAAUAAGCAGUAGAGUAGACCAAACUUGUCGCGGUCAUGUUGUUUUUACCUUGAUUUGGGCGAACGAUGCUGGAUGGUGUUCACAGAUGUGGGCACGUUGGUUUAAAGUGAUAGACAAAGGCGCUGCAACUUCCUUACGGCAUAACCUGCAGAUUGGUGUCAGGUUUACCUGCUCCGUCUGUUUUGUGAAGCCGUAAAAUGUCCAUACUGCAGACAAAACCUUUUUAUAUAUAUAUAUAUAUAUAACCUUUUAAUAGGAGGAUACAGCCGAGGCGUUUUGUCAUUCUUGGUCUCCGACUGUUCUUGGUCCGGUGUUAUGCCGUAGAAUGCACCCCUGACGGGAGCGCGGUUGAAAGUAAAUAAGGCGAAAUAAUCCAAGUUUUCCUUACCGUUGGAUAGAUUCAAAAGCGUGUGCCUUUAAUGAUUUCAUUCAGACUAUUCAGAUAAGCUGAAAAUAGGCCUGUCACGAUUACAAAUUUUGCUGGGCGAUAAUUGUGCUACAAAUUAUUGCCGAAAAACGAUAUUAUUGACACUGUUUUUUAAAUUAUAGAUAAUGAUAUUAAAUGGCAUAAUAAUGCGAGUACACCCUGUCAAAAGUGAUAAACUUUAAUUUCACCCACGACGAAGACGUAACGUUGACGAGCUAAACAUAAGUCGGAGAUGACUAAAAUGUGACGAGACGAAAGUGCGUUUACGUUGAUGGGACGAGACGAAAAUGACGAACAGAGUUGCAAAACUCAGUCAGUUAAACGCUAAACAUAUAGGAGCAGCUUCAGUCCGCUCUGACAGCUCUCAUCAGCCUGCUGUGCUCCUCCAACACACAGACACACACACGCGCGUGCGGGCACACACACGUGGAGUUUUGUGGUUGACGAAAACAAAACUGGUUUAAAGCCGAAAUAUUCCCACACUUGGGCUGUUGCGUUCGGUUUAGACACCAAAGCUGUCGUGUUCAUUCUGUUAGCUUGCUUUUCACUCACGACGCUCACUUGCAGCACUGUAUCCAAAAGUCUGUGUCCGUGUGCCUGUGCGCGCCUACGUGUACCUGUGCGCGCGCCCCCCCGUGACAAAGAUACUGAAUGACUGACAGGAGGGUUCACUAACUCCGUUCAUUCCGCGAUAGAGCCAACGCCCCCAGGUGCCGAGAACAAUGCGCAGAGUGAGACCUCUUCUCUCAUCCAGCGUGUUUGGUAGCGAGAGAGGAGGAAAACAAACGCAUGUCAAUUAUCGAGGCUGGCCAAAUUACCGACCUCGUUUUUAUUUACCGAGCGAUAAGGCGAUUUAUUGAUUAUCGCGACAGGCCUAGCUGAAAACAAUAGCCCUCUGAUUCGAAAUAUUUGCUGUCCCAAAAAUAUAAUGCUCUCUACCUUGACAGCUUACUGUACAGUUUAUGUACCAAAGUACAUCUCUAUAUAUGCAUUUUUGGGACACAUAAAAACAGAAUGAAAGUUUGCUGCUCCAUUUGACAUGUUGUCAUGAUCCAAUACUCGUGUUUUUCAAAAUAUCAGAUCAUAUCUCCUCAACUUUAAGAAGCUAAUGAGCGGAUGUGAUGCAUUCUACGGCAGGGGUGCAUUCUAAGGCACAGUUGGAAGUUGGUUGGAAGUUGGAACGUGCGUCAACUUUUUUAAAAUUCUUCAAACUGUGUCCAGUUCACAGAGUGGACGCGCUCCAACAGUGCUUUGGGGGGCCGCAAUGCAUUGUGGGUGGCUACGUAUUUUGUUGUACAAUUUCUUCAUUUUCUCUUUUAAUGUUCCCGUUUUUGUUAGGCUGGCAUUAAUGUACUUAAUUCGACAGUUUGUUUUGGAUAUGUGACUAUUUUUGUGGUGGUUUGUUUGUAUAUUUUGCUACAGAGGCUUUGGUACCGUUGAUAAGACUACAAGCGGGUUAGGUUAGUAAGUACUCGGGUUCACUUGCCUCCGCUGAUAGACGCUGCCACUCGUCUUUAAAUUAUAAUUGUGGAACGAUUAUUACAGUACCCUACGAUUUCAUCAUCGCGGCCGUUAAAUAUCGCAUAUCGUGAUCAAAUUGUAUAUUGGCACAUCCCUAUUGGUAAUAUAACGAUAUCGCUGUUUUUGUUAUGUCUGCAAUUUGUCUCACAGACAAAUUGCUCAAAUUUUUGAGCAGCCUGUUCUUUCUGAAUGUAAACAAAGCCGUUCUCCGACUCCCCCAACCUGAUUGGUUGUGAGGCAGACGCCGCUCCUCUCUGUCGUUCAUUAGCCCUAACAAAAAUUAGCGUGCUACAAUAUUGGACAGUAGUAACCAACCAGAAAGUAAGGGGAAAUUGUCUGAAUUCUACUUUGACCACGACUGCCAACACAAGCAAGAGAACUAAGUAAAUACCGGAGACUCUGUUGGAAUAACGGACGCUUAAAACGAAGGUAGUCCGGACAAGAGCUAAGAAGCUUGGUCAACAUAAAUGAAAUGAAGCAUAAACAAUGGGGGAUGCUUUUGGAUCUUACGGGCCCUGUAACCUUUCUGCUGGACAGGUAAACCACAAAGUAAGCCAAGUGUCUGUAACAGAAGUGUUUCUUGUCAAAUGGGACCUGCUGCGUGUUGUAGCGCCACAAAACUGUUAACCAUGAGUCCCGAGUAUGUCAUUUUAUGAUGGUUGUAGAAGUCCUGCAAACAUUGUGUUUACUGGUAGUCUGUUGGCAUCUACAGUAGCCAGGGCUUUUCAUUUCACAUUGACUGGGCCCCACUUGUAAUUAUCGUAAGUAUUUAUCUGCAUUAUGUCUGAAUUUAAUUGAAAUAAUACGAGCGAGCAGAAGUGUCUGUUUGUGGGCGGGGCUUGCUGGAGCAGAGAGGGAGGGGAAAGGAGGAGCUGAGGGGAAAACUGGUUAGGAGAGGGAAGUGUUUACAUUCAAGAUUUCCCUCAAAAACGGGAACUUACUCAGAUCCUACUUACCCCACCUUUAAGUGCUAAUAUGAACUCAGGUCUUUGAUAAUGAAAAAAUAAAAUGUUUGUCCAGUGAGAGUACACAGAAAAGUACAACAAACAUGGCAGCACCUGGGGAAGGACAUUAGGAAUGCAAGCAGGGCACAAAUGGGAUGGACAUGACACAUGAGGUUUGCAAGAAGUGCUACAUGAAAGUAGAAUACUGCGUCAAUAAGACAGACAUAAGGGAGAAAACAAAUGUUAAAUAAGUGAAGUACUUAAAAAUGGUAUAAAUCACAAUGUAUGGUAUUGCAAUAUUCACUGUGUUGUGAACAUAGACUAAAUAGAAUGGACAGAGUCUGCCUCCUUGCUGGGUGAAGCCACUCCGAGAACAGCACCCUCUGUUGAUGGGCUGCAGUAUAGGUCAUAAAUCCCACCUCCGCCAGCAAAGCUUAUAGAGCUGUGGACAAACUUUAGAAAUUUAUUACACAGAAUAUAAAUUUUUCUCCCCCCUGCUUGUGAUGUUGACAUGUAAUUAUUGUAAGACUGGUAUGUGCUCAAGUCCUCUUUUCUCUGUAAAGCUCCGUUUUUAAAAGUUAUUAGGGGGUUCAUGUUUGCUAUGAUUGACACCUGAUACAGCCUAUGGGCGUUCAGGGAUUGCGUAGCUCUCCCGGGGGAUGUGCUGUUUGAGCUGAGCAUCAUCACAGCGACUCUCUGCGACUGCGCGGCCGAAUGCGCGCAUUGCUACAGCGCAGCUCUGGUUUCAAGAAAUAAAGAAAAAUCCCAGAAAUACUGAGAGAUAUUUGGCUUCAAAUCCGUAUACAGAUGGUAGGCGGAACCAAGUUGUCCAUAGUAUAUACAGUCUAUGAUUGUGAAAUGUUAAAAAUCACAAUAAUAUCGAAUCAUGGCCUAAGUAUGGUGAUAAUAUCGUAUCAUGGGGCAACAAGUGAUUUCCACCCCUAGUGUUUGUGUAUCUCCAUGUGAAAUUGAUGUACCGUGGGAGAGUGGAACCUGUUGUUUUACCACAAGCUUUGUCAGUGCUUAUGUCAGAAGCACUGGUUGUGCAAAACUGUUGCCCCAAGUGGCCUCAGAGAUCCUGUGUGUUCAUAUCACUGAUUCUGCCAGUGCAGUGGUAGUUCCACUGAUAAGAGCAGAUAUGUCAACUGACCUGCUGUUAUCUUUGCACGCUUGCUACCUCUGUGCCUGAUGAAGUAAUCCUCCCUUUUUCACUCUCUGACAUUUCCAGCCUUAAUGAAUACCCUCCCAAUAGGGAUGUCAGUAGCUUCGUUUACAUGGAGCCAAAUAUUCCGAAUAGAAUCGGAAUAGAAGCCCAAUCGGAAUGAAAAUGCUCCAUAUAAACACCUCAUUCGGAAUAAACAGGCCCAUUCCGAAUGGAAUUUCAUUCCGAUUCACAGGGGUAGAAUAUUCCUUUUCCCAUUCCGAUUAAAAGCAAAAUCCUGUCAUGUAAACGGUGAAUCGGAAAGUUGUCAGGCUGGGUUCUGUCUGCGCAUGCUCUGUCCUGAUGUAAACAAGCAGUGACGUAUGACUCACAUGGUGGGACAUCAUGUGACAACAUCACGUGACAACAUCACGUGAUGUUUGAAGGUAUCACAUGUCUGUAAAUAGCUGUUCCGAUUGAAUGCCGUGGCACAUGUAAACACCAGAUCAGAAUAGAUCGCUUCCAUGUAAACAGUUCGCCUGGGAGCUUCAAUCGGAAUGAUUAUAAUCCGAAUGAGAAAAAAGUCUGCAUGUAAACGUGGCUAAUGGUUGACUGUUCAUGGGUUACGAACCAACAUUUUGUCCACUUGGUAGGUUGAUUUGCAUAGUGUAAAAAAAAAAGUGCACACUUUUCUAAUGACUUCUCUGGCAAACUGUCAAAGGAAAAAAUAAAAACUUAUAGUUUGAGUAUAUAGCUCAUGGGGAAAGUUUGUUGUGUUCUGGUCCAAAGUGUGAGGUAAUUGACAGGCUUAUCUCAGUCCUAACAAGAAGUCUUUAGUUUUAGACUUGAGGCAUUGUUUAUGUAGCUCACAAGAGAGAGAAGUCCCAGGUGUAUUGAAGUAAUGCCAAAUGUUCAUAGGGUGUUUUCGGUGCUCUGAUGUUCUGAUUUGCAUUGUUAUCAGGGAUAAGUGUGGCUCUGCACUGUAUAGAAAUAACACAGGCUUCAAUCUGGAACCUCUUGGCUUUGCUUGAACUUGUUUGAUAUGGGUAUGUACUAGUCGGGAUUACCAGCAAGCUUAAUAGUAUCAGGGGGUUUUCAUUAAAAAGGACACGUAAAGUUUCUUUUUGCACCUUUAUACCUUCAUUUGGAGGACAUGUUGAGAAAAUGGUCCAUAGUUUAGGUGAUGACAGGCUGUAAAGGGCCACAGGUUGAACUUGAGCCAGGACAGCCAGGGUCAAGGACUGUAGACUUUCUAUAUGGGGUGCAUGUCUUAACAACAAGGUCAAACUGGUGCCCCGAAAAAUGGCAUCUUCACAUGAUCUGAUCAUGAAAAGAAAGUUAAAGACACACACACAACAAUGAUGGGUACUGUUGAUACAGCAAAGCAUCAAGAUGUUUGUUUUUCCUGUGAAUGGAUGUCCUACCCCUCAUGUUUAUUUUAUUCAAUAGGUUAAAUUAGUCGUUUCUCUCCUUGACAUUCCUCUGAUCACACUGACCUCCACAGAGGUUGCUGUGUGGCUUGUGGGCUAGUGCCUUUAGCCAGAGAGCAGUGGUGGAGUGACAUAGAGAGAAGUGGAGGGAGCUAAUCCCUCGAUGUUUUUGUAUGAUUUUUCUCACUGAGUGCAGUACAAGGAACUACUGCAUUGGCCCAACUACAAAACAACCCUGAUUAAUUUGAAGUCGUAUGACUUAUGGACAGAAAACAGUUUGAAGACUAAAUCUUGAUUUUACAAAGGAAAUUAUCACUCUCCCUCUUCAUCUUUCAUCUGUUUGCCACUGUAACUGUGAGUCAAAAAGAAGCCCCAUUUUAUUUGUAUGCUUUUAAUACUGCCUUCUUGAGGGCAUUCUUUGCUCUGCAUCAGUAACACUGUGUCUGUUACAAUGACAAAGAGCGCAUGAGGGACAGUGAUGACAGUUGAUCGAUGAGUUUUUCUUCUAACCUUGUUUGUGGACUGACGGUGUGCUCCACACCUCUCAAGAAAGACUGUCACACAGAAAUGUCCCAAACAAGCUGGUGAUAAAAUCCAGAGAUGGAUGAAGGCUGGGGUCUUUGUACACAGACAACACCACAGGUCUGAAAAUACUAUGAAUCACAAUUGAGAAAAACUGGUCUACACCUCGUUUUAGGGAAAAUCCUGUCCAACAUAAUAAUGAUUGUUUGUUAGCAGAAUUUAGAAUAAAAUACCAUAACAGCUUCCAGUUAAGGGUGCUAAGGACUUCGAAUGUUGCCUGCUUGGUAUUGAAAUAGGCUAGUGUUGUUACUGGUAUCAUCGUAUAGUAAAAAAUUCUGGUCUAGUAAAAAUCCUCUGUUUCUUCUAAAUCUAAAUGGAAAUUUUGAACCAAACAGUUUUGACUCAUCGAGGUCAUUUACUUGGUUUCUUUUUCGAGUUUCAGUAAGUAAUGGGCUCUAUACACAGCUCCACUACUUCCUGAACUCAAGGCAGCUCCUUUAUUUUCUGUCUUACAUUAUUGGACAAACUGAUUAAUCCAGGUCAGACACACCCGGAUUAUUCAGUUUGUCCAAUAAUUUAAGACAGGAAAUAAAGAAACAGCCUUAAAGAUGGGGUAGGCAGGAUCUGAGGAAGUGCCGUUUUUGGGAGAAAUCUUGAAUGUAAACGCUAACCCUCCCAACCAGUUUUCCCCUCAGCUCCUCCUUUCCCCUCCCUCUUUGCUCCAGCAAGCCCCGCCCACAAACAGACGCUAAAUACUUAAGAUAAUUACAAAUGGGGCCCAGUUAGUGCUGGGCGAUAAAACGAUAACGAUAUAUAUCGAAAAUUAAUUUCCUCAAUAUCAAUAUAAAUCAUGGUCGAUAUGCUUUUACGAUAGUCGGCAUUAAAAAGGAGAGAAGGGCAUUCUCCAGAAUUAAGCUGGGUUUAGAGCGGCAAGGUGUGUGGUAUGUGUACCCAUUAAAAGACACGGAUACAGAUGUCCAGUUUAGUGGUUGAUUUAUUUGACUGUGGUUCUGAGAAUAAAGAUACAAAGCAACAAUCAGUACAGCUCACACCAUACAUAACAUGAACAUCGAGGAGCACGAGAUAGCAUUAGCCAUAUUCACGGUAAACAAUACAUUCACACAAUAUAGUGUCCAACUUGGACUGCACCAAGGAGCAGUGUCUGCCUCAUAAUCAAUCAGGUUGGGGAGGUGGGGAAUGGCUUUGUUUACAGUCAGAAAGAGCGGGCCGCUCAAAAGUUUUAAAAUGUUGACCACACAGACAUAACAAAACACAGCAACAUCGUUAUAUUACCAAAUGUCAUCAAUGACUAAUAGCUAUUUACCUUUUUAUUAAAAGCUUUUUAUACACCACAAAAAAAGAUGAAUCCUGCCUACCCCACCUUUAAGUUCAAGAAGUAGUGUAUUGGUGCAUAGAGCCCAUUUUAAAGUAUUGCAGCGGAAUUGAAAACAUGGUACUGUCACCCUUAUGUUGUGAUAAAUGUAUGGCAGCAACUAAUGAUUAUUGUUGGUGUUGAUUUUUUUUUUGAUUUAUAAUGAUCAGCUUUGUUAGCACCUAUUUUGGACUUAUGUUUGACCUAAAGUUGCUUAAAUCUUCACACAGUUAUAAAUGCUACUAUUGACAGGGGCUGAAAUGAAGUAUGCCAAAGCAGCUGUGCCUUUAAGUCACUGAUUACAGCUGUAAAGUACACAUAAACGUAAGUAAAGUAGCAUUUGCUAAGCAAGCUUCUUUCAUGAUUUUCUGACUAAAACACAAAUGUAUUAUGUACUUGCAUCAUAGACUGAUAGUAAUUAACAAAUGAGUAUGUGAUUUAAAAAUAACCAUGAGGUGUCAACGUUAUUUGUGAACUUAUCUCUCUGAGGUACACGAUGAUACAGCGGCUCCAGUGUGUCUGUGUUCAAGGUGUUUGCUCGCUGUUGUGCUACCAUGGAAUGAGAGUAGAGCUUCACAAAAAUUGCAUUUAACGUGUUCGCGGGUUUAUUUUCAGUGAAAUGUUCCCAAACUUUGGGUAAUUUGUGCGUCCUCUUCUCUGCUUCCUUGUGAGAUGUAAACAGUGAGCGAUACUGCCCCCAGGACUUCAUGUUGUGCAUUGCAGAUGAGCAUGCAGCAGACUGUGGGUUUUUACCCUAGACUUCCACCAGAUUCAUGUUUGGUCCAUGCCUGCUCCCUGCACAAACUCUUUUUAAAAGCUGGCAGCUUUGUUUUUGUUGUGUGUGAAUCUGCAGGGUGUUAACGUCAGGGUCUGGUGUGAGACCUAAGGAGAGUGGCAGAGAAAGUUAGAGAGGAUAUGUAAUUUUUCAUAUUUUAAAUUUAACAGUGAUUUCCAGGCUUGACUUAAAACCUUGCUUGAGCCUAAAUAGAGUGGAGUGGAGUGUAUAUGGCUUAAGGGGUGAUCCCAUCACCCAUGGAUGAUUGAAUCAAACACUGACAUCAUGAUUUGACUGGUCUGCUUCAUCCUGGGUUGUACUUUAGUUUAUCCCCAUCUCAGCAAGAUUAGUUUGAUGGAUAAUGUUGCUGCUAUGAUAAUCAAUAAUACGCACAAAUUUGCUGCUUUGCAAGUAUAACACAUCAUCAUUGUACUAAAGUUAUUGUAAAAUAUCUGGUUAUUUACUGAUGAAGUUUGUUGUUUUUUUUUGUCCUUUGUCUGUUUUAACGUGUAUUAAAUUACUCUUUUCUUUCUUUUUUGUCUAUUUGUCUAUUUGAUUUUUACUGUACAACAGCUUGGAUCAUUAACAUAUACAUCAUGUCAAUGUCGGGCAAUCCAACAACAGCAUCAGUGUUGAAAAGGCAAGCUGACUUUCUAUGGCAGUAUUUUGUAGGGUUUGCAGGUGUGCCACCUUUUACAUCGUGCACAUCUUUAUAUUUAGAUCUGUUUUCAACUUGGUCUGUUUUCUAGUUUAUCAAAUUGGAUCUUGUGUAACGUGUAGCAGAGCAUCAACAUUUCUUGUAAAGCUCAUGUUUGUGUGUACAUGUGCGCUCGUUGACAUGGUAACAGAUGAUGGCCAAGAUAUGAAUCACAGGUGUUUCUUGUUUCAUUUUCCAUCAAAGUAAUAAUUAUCUUGACGGCCUUGUGCUGCCUAGAAACCUCAUUCCUAGCAUGGCAGAGCUGUGUCCUCCAGCAAACACUGUACAACCUUCAGUAAUUCAGUGUUUCUGUGGCCACACCCAACUACUCUUGCUUUCUUUGUGGUAACACUAUCGCUCCCUUUGCUCAGCAGCUUCUGUAGAGAGAGAGACAGCAGAGCCAAGAGGAAGGGAAACUGAAGAAUCAAGGGAAAAAAUGACUGAAAGAAAAGAAGCACACAGGUAAUCAAGGUCAGGAAAAACAGGGAGGGGACGCAGUGAGUGGAGAGAAGAAGCCUGGAAAAAACAAUCUUAAGGUCGUUCAGUGAUUUCCAGGGCACCCGGCACUUAUCAGUAUUAUGCAAUCCAGCAACACUCUUGACGCAACCUUAAUCUGCAGUCUUAAUAAUUACCACUGGAUUGAACUGCGGCAGAGUUGAACUUUCUGGCUUCACAAAGGCAGCGCUGAUUGAAAUGUUUUUCUUGGAGCAUCCAGGUGAUGGUUUUACGAUGGUUGGCCAUAAAAAUGGGCUGCAGGCAUGCUUAAAUGGUUCACCUUCUGACGAGGUAAAAACAUUCAUAAAAGUCCUUAGUGAGUGUGAGUCACAUGGUCAGACAAAAGGUCCCUACAACCUCCUUUAUAGUUUAUUAGUUAUUCAGGUUUUUUCCUGGCUCAAAUUGAGGCAUCUGCAACGCUAAAAAUCAAAAACUUUACUCUGACACGGAGGAAACUUUUUUUUUUAAAUAAUCACUACAUGCUUGGAUGCAAAAAAAGAUAAGCAGUAUUUACCUGUUUGUACCAUCCGCCAGGGAAAAUCAGGACGCCGAUAGCACCAACUAGCGGGAAAAAACUGGAAAAAACACGAUUCGAUCUGUUUCUUCUUCGGUAGAUGCUUCAGGUCUUUCCGGUGCACUGCUGUGGAUAUAGCGCCUCUAUAGUGGUGCAACGCUGCAGCUGCAGUUAAAAUACGUAGCUGCCACAGAGGGACAUCAAUCGCUCAAUCAACACAGCUGGAGCUUUACGCUGUGUGGAGCGAUAUCAAUUGCUCUGGCUGGGGCGGCACAAAAUUAGGUGGAGGUGGCCGCCACGCAAUUUUGAACGCAGGAAGAACCCUGUUAUUAUAAUUUGUUGUGUCUAUUGUGUAGAGAUGCAGCCAUAGUAAAAUGAGGGACUUACAGACAGUUGUGUUUAAUAUCAGACAUGCUCUUCCUCAUUGACUGUCUGUAGUGAGCGAUAUAUUCAGCAGCAAAUCAAUAGUUCUUUUUUAUUCUCCAAUGAGAAUUUAGUCUUGUGUUUGAAAUCAUAAAUCACAGGCUUUUUACAGUGUUAGACACUGCCAACUAGUUUUUGAUGUUCAAAAACUUGCUUAGCUGAGACAUGAUAUUUCAUGGGCUGCAGACAGUGCUGAGAUUUAAAAAGACCAUGGAUCCAGAGGGCUACCUGCUGUGCAAACCAUGUGAUGAACCACAUUUAUUUCUCAUGCAAGAAAACAUAUGAGCCACCAUUCGUGUAUUCCUGAUAAAGCCACAUGUACAUUUGCAUGCCACAUCUGUCUCACUGUUUUGACUGUCUAAGCCUCGUAUAUAUGCUGGCAGAGCUCCUCAGAGACCAAAAUACUUUGGUUGUCUUUCAUCUUAUCUCUUUCCAAAGCCCCUCACUGAGUUUCCUUCCUCUACUUUGUUGCAGGUUCUGAGCUGAUGGUACAAGGCCCUGACUGAAUAUCCUGGUGGUGCAUACAGACUUACUACAGUGGUAAGUGGCUGUAAAUGGUUCCUCAUUGUUUCAACAUUGUUUAUGCAGGAAUGUUGAACUGACCCAAGACAUGGGAAUCUAUGGCAUCUGUAUCCCUCAGAAGAUGAGGUGACUCGUUUUGUAUGAACAGAGAAGUGUCGGAGUCAAACCAAAAUCAGCUUAUUUGUUGUCAGGGUCACUGCUUCCCCUAAUUUCCCAGAAACCUAAUUGCUUCCUUUGCUUCUCCAUGGUGUCUUCUUUUACUUAGAAGAACAUACACAUUUUGACAUAAAGGGGAGAUUUUUGAUGGUCAGAGAGUUUGAAAUCUGUAUGUGGUUUCUACAAGCAGGGCUCACACUCAACUUUUUCACAACGAACACGUGCUCCUAAGUUGAAAGAGUUAAAGCACACAGAGAACUUUAGGGGCACAAUGAAAAUUGAUCAAAUAAUGUGUCUUAUUGGUUGACAUAAGUACUAUUUGAAAUCAAUUUUAGGUAUUUUGGUCACAUGACGUCAAAGCUAUUAAAGAAAAUGUUCAAAAGUGAAGCUGCACGGUCCGCAGCAUUAGUGACCCCCCCGUAGCAUUUUCCAGAGAUUUUUUAUUCCUUUUUUCUUUUAUUUACGUAAAUUUUUGUCAUUUUCCAUGAUAUUCCAUAUUUAUAUUGAAUUCUGCUUUUAAUGUCCAAUUCCGUGAUUCCGUCCGCGAUCCUGUGAUCGCGGAUUUUAUAGGGUCCUACAUUAACCAGUAAUUUAUUGACGGUCCCUUAUUCAACACCCUACACUGACAGCGAGGGAGCCAAGUAGAUACUGCACUGUUGUUGCUAUUCCCGGUUGUAGAGAGUGAGAAGACACCGGUGGAUCCGCAGUGAAUCGUCCGUCAAAUAUCUAACCUAGAACUAACUUCACUGCAGUACUUAAAUGGAAAAAACAUUUGUUGCCUCGGCUGAUUUUUUUUUUAAUGCUCAUGUGCCCCGAAAUACAUUUUACAAUCUGCACACAUCUAUUUUUAGUCACAAAUGCAAGUGAAACGGUUGCACUGUCAAGCCCUGAUAAGAACAGUAGACAUUUACCUAAGAUUACCCUAUCUCUUCCCUACAAUACCAGUCCAAGAUGGGACCCUUAGAUGCUCUCUGUCACUGUCUUUCAUGUUUGUUAUGCUUGGAUGCCCAAGUUCUUCUUUUCGUAUGACUCACUGAGAUUUUUUCAUUUGGUUGUGUUGAAGCAAACCUCUGUGCUUUGACAGUCAUGCUCUUGAUGGCUCAAAUAUUUGCAGUCGGCUGUGUUACUGUCUGGUCGGCCCGAUCGGAGGGUUAUUUUUUCUUUCACUGUAAAGCACUCACAUUGAUUUGUUUAUUCCAAUCCUUGAGCUGUAACUCGCCACUCUAAAUGUCACUCACGCCACUCUUAUGUCAUCAAGUGUGUUAUUAGCAUGAGUAGGCUUGAAGCACUCCUACACCAUUCUCAUUUCCAUACCAGUCUGCACCAGAAACCAGAAACCGAGUUGUUAUUCAUGAAUACCAGGAAAUAAUGUUCUAUUGUGAUGAUAAUGUGUAACAGAUGGGUAAACCUAUUUUGGUAGAGAGAGCAGCUAUGUCAGAGAAGCAGCUUGGUCCCUGUGUUAGUGUGUGAUUUUCUUCCCCAUUGUUGGUUUGUGUGUCUGUACUGAGGACAGCGUGCAGCUCUGCCUGCUCUGGUGUUGUAAAGACGCUGUAUCUUGAGAAAUUGCUGACUUUGAAUCAGAGCUUUUCAGGCCAGGAGUUAAAGACAUACAAGACAUCCAAUUUGUUUGUGCCCUGCAGAAGUAUUUCACCCCCAACUCGUCUUUAAUUUUACUCUGCCUCCUUGUGUUGUUGCACGGUUGUAAAAUGUCUUUCAUGACCUCAGGAGUGAGACAGAAUGACAAGAAUAACUGAACACAUUGUAGUUUUUGGAGAGCACUGGCAUGUCAUCAGAUCUCUCCUGAAUUACAAAACGUCUUUCAGGAAACAUGGCUUCAGAGUAAAAGUCGUGUUUCUUUUUUUUUUUUUUUCAUUUAUUGAUGCAGUUGUGUGGAAACUGUGUUGCUCCCACAAGGCUGUUGUAUGACAGAGGAGAAGAAAGAAGUCUUUGUUUAAAAGGAUUCAGCCCACAGUAUUGAUUCAUUGCAGUAGCAGUUUGUGGAGAAAUUAGCUUCUAUGCUACGCCUCUUCCACUCUCUGCCCCUCAUUCUCAAAAUAUACCACAAAUAUUUGGGAUGCAUCUCCUCUUAAGUGUCCCACGGUGAGCCUAAAACUCCACACCUUAGCUUGUCCCUGGUUAAACUUGAUGCUUAAACUAUUUUUAGUCUGUGGCGGUGAUAGGAUCAGAGGAGUUUGAAGAGACAGAAAAUGAGAUAGUUAAAUACAGAUAUAGACUGGCUGAUGAAGUGUGAGAUUAGUCUUGAUACAGCACUCUUCUGAUUUGUCUACAACUCUGGUAGGGAUGCCGUUUCAUACGGUUUGGCACAGUCUCUGUUUACAGAAAGACAUUUAAAGCAUGAUUUAAACAAUUACAAUUAAAGUUAAAUUUAUCCUCAUUAAAGAAAUUAUUUGUCAAUUGUAGGUGUUGUGAUUGCCAACAAUUGCCAUAGGUCUGAUACUACAGAAGUGGGCCUCUUGUUAAGCUAAGAAGAAUGUGACACAGGCUGACCCUCUUUAUCAACAUCCUGCUUUACUGACUGAUUAAAAUUGAAUUUAUUGACUGUUCAACUGAAACUGGGGUGCAAAAUAUUAAUUUAAAAAUGCAUCUUCUUUUGUCAGUACUCUCAAGUAAAGACAACUCUUUUUAAGGCACUUCCAAACCAAUUUCUGAACUGCUACAGCAAACAGUAUCACUGCGUAGUUAAAGUAACCCAAGAAUGUGGGGUGCAGACCUGUGAGGGUACUGAGGUGUAGUUGUGAAGUUGACUAUAUGUGCACUUCCCUGCCACUGAACAUUGUCAUCAUUAUACCUGUGACAUUUCUCUCACCUGUCAACAUACGUGUGUACAUGAGAAAAAUGUGUACAUGAGCGGACGUAAAAAAAAAAAAAAAAAAGACAAACCCUUCCCAUUGUACAAAUGUAAGUGAUGGUGUGUUCAUCAUACGAUCUACAUUCUGGUACAUUUUGCCGACCAAUUUGAUACGCAAUAAGCCAACUGGUUCGGUAGAUGAUACCACCUACUGUAGCAGAGGUGGACAUGCUUCUGUUAAUGAUUUGGCUCUUGCUGGGUGCUAGUAAACCGAGACAAGGACAGAUGUCAGGUUAAAUUGCUUACUUGAGCUUGAACUGUAGCUCAGCUGUGUGUGUAAACGUACUGACUGAUGCAGCUACCUCUGCUGCACACAACCAUGCAAAUGUUUGCUAUCUGACUCUUGAACUUUGAACAUCACAAGUGUCUGAACCUCAUUAUAAAUAAAUAAUAUUGGAUUAUCUCACACACUUGAUGCCAGAGUAGCAGGAAUGAAUCAGUUUUGGCUCCAUUUCCACAAUUCCUGUUAUUCCAGACAUCUGCAACUCUGCUAUUCCACACCAAAGUUUAGGCUCUGCUUUGGAGUGUUUUUAUAGGAGAGAUAAGGUGCAUCCUUGUUGCACGAAAAAUUAGUUCAUAGCACUCUUUUUUUUUUUUUGUUUUGAAAUAUGUUUGACAUGCAAGAUUCAUGCUUGGCAAUAUCACUGAUUUGUCGAAAAAAAAGGUGUAACACUUUGAUGAGGAAGAGGGAUUUGAAGAAAAAUUUGUCCUGACCUUUUUAAGUACUUUAACUUGUGUUACUGAAUGGAUAUCAAAGGUGAAGAAAACCAGAAAAUGACUGAAAAGUACAGUGGUGGAUUUCUGCAUACUUUCCUCUGCAGUUGCACUGCGACUUACUCACAGCCACCUUGUUUUACAAAAGCAUUGUUAAGCCACCUUCCAGUUUAGAGGCCGGGCAGUCUUACUUGUUACUCUGGGGUAACCUUAUGAGUAUUGCUGAAAUGAAAUUUGGUUUGUUGCCUCCUUGGUGAAAGAAUUGGGAUGCUAGCAAGUAAGCACAGGGUACUUACACAGGCAACGGAGUUAGCCUCAUUUUUAUGUAACACAACACUCAAGUCUUACACCUCACUCCUACCUAUAAUGCCCCAAUAUUCCCAGGAGUCAAUCAUCUAGCUCAUAGUGUUUGCCUCCAGUAAUACCCUCAUUGCUUCAGUUUGUUGCUGAAAAAAGCUGCUACUCUUAAUAGUAUAGUAGCAGUAAUAGUCGAGUAUUUCAUAGUUGUAGGCCUGAAAUGCAGGGUAUGUGUUGUGUAAAAGCAGUGGCCCAGCCACCUGCAACUAGACAGGAUUGUAGUCCAGUUAAAUAGCCACUGUCGUAAUGUAAGAUACUCCUUUACCUGGAUGUGAAUGGCAAAGAUGUCAAAUUGCACCUCAUAGCUUAGUGUUGUCCAGCACUAUUUUUAUCUUGACAAUGGAGACAAAAGCCGUUCUGAGUAAACCGGCAUAUAACCAUGAGACUUAAAUGGAUAUUGUGGCGUAAAUUUAAGUUAUAGUCAAACACACUGCAACACUAAAUUAGACAACCCCUCAUGAUAUGAAUGUUGCUGACUGCUUGCUUCUCUAGUUAUACCAACUUAAGCAAUGACCAUGCGAUAGCAGUACACAGUGGUCUACGUCUCCACCUGAAACCUCAACCAAAGAGCCACUCAGCAGAAAAUUUUAUUUUUUCUUCAUGAAAAUGUAAUCAGACCGAGACGCUUAGGCAGAAGAACUACCGUGUCCGCAGUGCAGAAUGAUUAUUAUGAUGAUUAUUACUUCAAGGAAAUGAUCUGUUACACUCAGUGAUUGACUCGUCAGGGCUCCCCCACAAACAAGCGGCUGCUGGAGUAGAGUAGGUGAGUUUUGUUUGGUCUCUUUGCUAAAGAAAUCAGACAAAAGCUAAAAAGAUGUUUGGUGGCUAGUGCUAUGGCUGAAACCAUAUAUUUACUGUUGAUGAAGUUAUGUGCUGUUCUGAUCAUUAUUUGUGGAUAGAUAGUAGAGUGGCUUCUUGGUUGAGUAUGUGGCUCUCUGUAUUGCUAUUGUGUGGUUGUUACUAAAGUUCAUAUUACUGGAGAAGCAAGCAGUCGGCAAAAUUCAUCUAUCAAGGGGGUGUCUAACUCUGUGUUAUGGUGUGUUUGACCAUAACUUAAAUGUACGCUGUGAUAUCCCUUCAAGCAAUAAUGUGGGGAUGUGGAUUUUAACCUGUAAAGUUAAACAAUAUAAAAUAAAAUGGCAUAACUCAGCGGCUAAUGUGACUGCAUUCAACAUUUUGUUUACUGAGAAAUUUGUCACAUUUAGGGAAUCGGAAACUUUUUUGCUUCCAGGUUCAACAUAGGUCUGCAAAUUUGGCAUCAGUGCUUUAGCUUUAAGGCUUAGUUGCCACAGCAUCCAUACAUUCAACAUUUCCCUGAGUACAAGCUUACCUUGGAAUGAAUUCCAAUCAACAUUAUUUGCUCAGCGUUAACUACAAAUACAAGAGCUUUGAGUUUUAGUGCAGAAUAAAUCACCAAGGCUGUAUAAAGUGAAGUUACAGACACUAAUCUCUAAGGCAGAUUAGUGCUGGACGAUAAUUCGAUAACAAUAUAUAUCGAUCGAUAGACGUGUGGAGCGAUAGAAAAAAAACGGGUCGAUAAAAAGUUCGAUAGAAAAACACAGUUUCCCUUUCUUUUUCAUCAUAGCCUAUCAUGUAGCUUUUACUACAGUCAUUACUUCCUCCCAACCAAUCACAAACGCAGACCCAGGUACGCUACGGCACCAAGCCCAGCCCCUAUCAAACCACAACAGACAGCACGUGUAUUAGAAAUAAUGUAACAGCAAGGAGAAGCGGAGGAAAUUGUCCCGAAAAAAGGUUUCAGUUGUUCACCAACAUGGCAAUGUUUUGGUUUUUAGAAGUCUGACAAAAAGCAAACAGCGGUCGUUUGCAAAAUUUGCAGAGAAUUAGUAAAAACCAAGUCCGGUAACACAACCAACUUGUUUUACCAUCUAAACCGGUCGCACCCGCAGGAGUACGAGCUGUGUCGGCUGCGCCGCGGCUCCACGUCGUCGUCGGAGGAAUCCUCUGGAACCGCUGUUAGCACCAGCUCAAAGCAAGUGAAGCAGACCAAACUGGACUUUGUUUCUUGCCAAAAUACGACAAAGCGUCCAAGCGGCAUAAGGACAUCACCCAUGCAGUAACAUGCUCCAUAGCGAGGGACAUACUGCCAAUAACUACCGUUGAAAAGCCUGGCUUCGACCAGCUUCUAGCCACUCUCGACCCGCGAUAUGAAGUGCCCGGCCGCAAGUAUUUCUCAAACACAGCGCUUCAGGCAUGAAAAUGGGUCAGGGGUUGAAAAGGUGAGAAGGGUGCGGAGGAAAUACGCUCCGGUGUAGCUUCUUAAAGUGGAAGAAAAUGAGCUCAUAUUUUACAAAGACGCGAGUAUUUGGAUCAUGGCUACUAGCAGGGGGGGCAUUCGGCAGGGGUGCAUUCUACGACACAACACCGGCGUGGAUAAGUCCUGCUUCUCGUGCUUAGUUUGUUUAUUAAGUCAAUCACAUGAUAUUUAAAAAAAAUAAAUCUCCCGAUCCCGAUCUUCAGACACCAGGCUGUGGGCAGUUUCCCACACAGUUAAAACUGGUAGUAUGCUAUUCCCACCUAAAGCUUUUCUGUUUAUUUAUAUAUUUGUUUGUUUUGUUUAUUUUCAUCAAAAGACUAUUUAAAUAUUUAUUUAUCAGAUUUUCUGGUCACUUUAGUCUUUAUGUUUGUCAGUAUUUACUGACGUCACUCAGGCCACUUAAGUUGAUUUUUUUUUUUUAAGUUCUUUUUUAAAAAAACUUUCAGUUGUGGUAAAAAAAAAAAAGGUGGUUGAAUAAAGGUUUGAAUUUGAAUUCAGUGCUUGUGUGUUCUUUAUUAAAAGUAGGUCAUUAAGCAAUAGCAUAAAACAUCCAGGGCUGCAAUUAAAAUAUAUGUUAAAUAAUUAUAAUAAUUAUAUCGAUAAUUAUCGAUAUCGAUCAAUAUGAUUUAUUUUUUAUCGAUAUGCUUUUUUUCUAUAUCGUCCAGGCCUAAGGCAGAUACUCUUCUUAGUGUACGUCAUCUGCAAUCUUCACAGACAGACUCUGGACUGGAAUUUUGCUGCAACUUGAAGGGAUUGUAUAUUACCACAGGGCGAUCAUUUAUUGACCUCACACUGGAGGUUUCACCAUGUAGCACGUUCCCUUGUGCCAGUAGUCAUUGUGAUAUCUUAGACCACUGUGAGUUGCAAAACAAGCAGGAACCACUCCUCGUUUGUGAGACAUGCAAGAGAUUUGACCUUCUAAAGAGAUGCUUAAGUCACUGGGCUCCUGACUUUGGCAACUUCUUCUAAUCCAAGCUGUCGCUUCAACUCUCAGUGAGAUAACUUCCUCUGAUUCAGCGAGCCUCACUGCCUGCUGCAUUCACAUAGACACGAGCUGCCUAGAGCAGGUUUAACUGCACAUCAAACCGGGCUAGCUGGCAAAGCCUAUGUGCUACCAUCUGUUAGCAACCAGACAGAUAGCCUUCCUGACCUUACAUUGGCCAUUUGAGGCAGAGCCAGGCUUGCCAGUGCAAUCUGUCACUCUGAGAGACCAGUAACUCAGGAGAGGGGGAAGGGAGAGCCACAUGCAAUUCUGUAGUCAGUGCGCCUUACACAACUGCACAGUGUGAUUAAAGAAUCUAUAAUGUGUUUGUAGUGCUAUAAUUUAGAGCUAAAGCUUAAAUCCAUAAACAUUUCAACAACUUUUCGUAGUGAAAAAAAAAAAAAAAAAAUCACACCCUGACUUCUCUUAAGGACAUACUCAAAGAAAGAUGUGUUUCUUUGUGAGAAUUUGUGUCCCAGUUCUAGGGUCAAUAAAUUUAAUUUCAAUCAGUCAGUGAAGUAAGGUGUUCAUUCAAAGUAGCUUAUGUAGUAUACAGGUUGACUUUAUGUGCCAUAACAAGGGUACUACGUCUGUAAAUUGAAGGUUGUGCGAAUCAGCUUAAUAAGCUAUCAUCUAAGCUAUCAAUUGUCUGUGCCAUCUAUUUGAUGUAAAAACGGAAGAGCUUUAGUGUCCAUUUUCAUUAAAAUAAUACAGAUAGUUACAGCUCAUGUAGGGAGUUUUUUUUACAUUUAUGAAAUUCAUAUUUAUACAUUUCUGUGAUAUACCAAAGUAAGACCAUGUGCGACAAAGUAAAUAUUUUUACACUGUCGUUUUUAAUGCCGGAAACUGCUGUGAGGGGGUAGGUAUUGGCCAAGCUGUAUCGCAGCUAAGACAGUGCAACCAGAGCAUUGCAUAACCAGUACAGGGCUGUGGAUGUUAAACUGUAAGGAGAACCAUCUGAGACCCCAUCUUUAACGGUGUUAAAUCUGCUGAAUUUGACAUUUUCAAUGAGCGGGACUUUAGUAAUCUGUAGUUUUAGUUCAGAUUUACACUUUUUUUGGUUUUCUACAGGCUCAGUCUUCUACCUUACAAAGACUAGCUUAGAGCGGCAUCAUUUCAAAACGAUAAAAGUCUUCCCAUGGGUCUCUGUAGUCCUACAGAAAUCAUCAUGGUCCUUUCUUUAACAUCCACAUUAGUAAUUCUAAUGUUCUGUAACCAGUUUGUGAAAGCUGUGUAUUUCCCCACAAUGUAACCCGAACAGCCACACUGUUUUUAAUGGCUAAUGAGGGGGUAUCCACUGGUAUUUGUCAUUGUGCAGUUCCAUAUUUUCUACAUAUGCACAUCCUUUACAGAUUACAGCACUUGGUAUAUGAGCCAUGGUUUGCAGCAGGCUUUUGUUCUUGGCAUAGGGCGUAUUGUGUACUGGUUGUGGCAGCAGUUUAAGUGUGUGAGAGAGAGAAACAGAGAGGGGGGGGGAUGCAAAGUAUGAGCUCCAAAUCACCCCAUCCUCUAUUGGCUCAAUGUCUUACUGAAAAUAGACCUAAACAGUCAGGUCUCAGACAUAGCCUUAAAAUAGGAAUGAGCCCCAUUUCCACCUGCAGAGCUGACACAGUGCAGCAGCCAUCACAGCGUGGGUCCUCUUCAGGUAUCGAUGCAGCAAGUCUUCAAAGAACAUGAAACCAACACAGUGUGUGCUAUUGUCACAGAAUGAGAGGGAGAAAAGAAAACACCAUGCAGCAGAGAGACAGUGGCAGUUAGUCUGUUUCCCUUAGCUAGGGUUUCAGGGGAUGCACCUGCUAUUUAAAAAAAAAAAAAAAAUCCAGCCUGUGCCAAUUACAAGAUUUUCUGGUGUUUCUCAGUUUCAAAUAUGACUGCUAUGUUAUGACAAAUUUGCCAUUUCUUUCCUUACCUCAAGUCCAAAGAAAUAAUUAAUUUUGAUGUUUGAGUCUUUAAUUUUUGAAGCUGUGACUUAGUGAUACUUUUGUGAGCAGGGGUUCCAUAUUUAUCUGUGCACGUUAUUGAUCAGCCAAUAAGAUGUUUUAAGUCAUUUAACAGAUAUAUAAAAAAAUUGAAUGAUAAAUACAUAACAUUUCUGUAAUAAGUCAUUUUUAACAUUAACAGUAAAAUCAGACACAGGUUAUAAGAGGAAAAAAAUACAACAAUUAUUGAAAUGCCUGGAGAAUCUCACGACUAACUUGAGAGAAAAAAGAGAAAUCUUAAUUUUUUAGCCUUUUGUUGAGAGGAUGGCAUCGUGGAUGGGUCAGGAACCUAGGCCACCUGUGUGAGGUGAAACCACGGUAUAUGGGGUGUGGGCUGAGACUGCUCCUCUAGGAUGUCCCUGUCAUAGAUAUACUUGAAAAACAAACAAACAAACAAACAGAAACCCUCUUUCAUUUGCUCACAUUAGGGACUCACCAAAAUACAAUCAGACUGGUUUCGGGCUGGAUUCACCCCUUUUCAACCAAAUCCCACAAAGUUGGAUGUAUUGAUGGCUUAGACGAUCAUCAUGCUGGAUUUUCCUGUGAUGUGAGGUAUAGCAACCUGGUUGUUGGAGAUUGUGGCUCCACUGAAUUGAAAUUAUAGAUAUUAUACCUGUCCGAUAUCUAUGAUAAGAGAUCUUGUUGUGUGGGUCAGCAAACAGCCGAUAAUGCACUGCGAAUUAUCAGGUGGAAUGAAAUUAUAUAUGAUAUAUGAUGGGCAAUCAUAAAGCAGGCAGACCAGUGAAGGAAAAAUGACAAGUCCAGUGUUCCAUGUUUUUGCACUUGUAAACAGAAAGCAUAGAGUUACAGAGAUGUAAGAAAUGAAGGACCUACUCAUUGUUUUGUCAUGGUAACACAAGUGUCCUUUAAAUCGUCGCAGUUUGAAAAUCAUUCCAUAGCUGCCAUGUUUGACUACCCAAAAGUCAAGUUCUGCAAGAGAUUUUUCUGAAAUUUCCAGCUUUAAGCAUCAGGAUUGUGUUUAUUGAUUAUUGGUAUCAAUCUGUCCAUGUCCCCUGAUAGGAAUUCAGGAGUAAAUGCAAAAGUUUUUUUGUCGUAUUGGCGAAAACAAUGUUGUGGGUGACUUUAAACGGUACUUUUUAAAAACAGGUUAAAUCUGUUAACGACUACCAUUUCAUCUCUGUGUCUCUUAAAAUUCUUUUUUUACACAUAGCAUAACUCUUUUGUGGCACCUGCAUGUGUACGGCCAAAACAACCUUAAUACGCAUGCUCUGUACUCUUCCUCUGUCUUUUGUGCAUUUCCUGUGCAGCGUUACAGCGCCACUUACUGGCAUAUGCACUACAUCGUUUUCAGUGGUUUCGUUUUUUUUUUUUUUUUGCGUUUUGAUAGAAAAACGUUUUAUUUUUAAAGUGAAGUUUGUCACUGAAUAAAAAAUUGAAAUUGAAAUCUAAAAUCGGGUUUUCAGGGAAAAAAAAUUGGGUUUUUAUUUUUGGCCAAAAUCGUGCAGCCCUAAUGUCACGUGAGGGACCUCUCACAUUUCCAGCCUUUAUUGAGACUUAGGAAACCUUUAAAUGUGGAACAGGCCUUAGUCUUUAAUCAGUAAUUGGACAUACCCAUGGAUGGCUGGAGAAUUGUGAAAGCUGAAUUCAUGGCUCUAAAUAGGCAGGAUGGUCAGAUGUUUGCUUUGGCUUAUAUGAUUUGUGUCUGUACUGCUCUAUAAAGUUGACAUGGCUAAAUUUAUAGUCAGAUGUGUGUGCGUGCGUGUGUGUGUGGGCGCGCACUGUGCAGUGUUUUAUUCAGAGGACAUGCAGAUGUAAAUGUAGUACAGGCUCUGGUAGUGAAAACCAACAUCACUCCUCCACCACACUUGAAAGAAAAACAAAUUGCGCUGCUCCAGUUUGGCUUUGAGCGGUGCAUGCACAUCAUAGCAACAAUGAGGCUGGGAGAAGGCUUGAUUGAUGUGUAGUUAAAUGUGUUGUGACAGGAAGUUGAAUGUUGCAGCAUAUUGAACAGGUGUCAUUUUAUUUUUAUCUCACUUCUUUGAGAGAGCUAAAGCCUUGUGAUUGGAUCUUUCAUUAGGCUGUGUUUGACUUAAUGAAUUAUUUAUGCUUGCUGAUAACCUGGGGCAAAUAUGAUUUACUUAGCAAUAUUGAUUUCAUAUUGUGACGGACAGAACCUGGCUGCCUCUCAUCAAUGUGAAUUCAUGUCAUGGUUGGCAAACAGGUUAGGUACUGUAUAUAUCUAAUUGCCAUGUCCUGAUUUUCUUCUGCCCUAACCCCCACACCCCACCCCCCUCAUUGAGCUGUGACUUGAUUUAAGAUUUACGGCAAAGGCCAGUUUGCAACUGACAGGACUCACAAGGGGAUGAAGACAGAGAGGGAGGGAGAGAGGGGGAGGGGGAAAAGGGAUGAAAUGCAGAGACAGAGAUUCCCUUCUCUUCACCCAUCCCCCCUCUGUUCCCUUACACUGUCAACACAGAUGAUCCUGCCUGCAAACGCUGGCUCAACAGUGCCACUGCAGUGGGAUGUUGGUGGUGGGAACUGCAACUUUGUGUUUACAAACCUUGGCUGUCCUGUCCUCCAGGGCACUGCAGCUGUCAGAUGGGAUUUGAGCAGAGGGGUCUGGUGAUUUGGGCAGGUUUUUUAUUUCAACCAAAUACAACAGCAGGGCAAUUUACUUUUAACCCUUUCUCCUGUCUUGUUUUCAACUGUACACUGCUGAUUUGUGCAAGCUGCUAUUGUGUGGUAGAGAAAAUAAGAAGAUAUAUGAAUUCCUGAGUCCUGCUGCUCAAAUUAAAAAAAAUCUCCCACACCUUAAGAUAAAAAAAAUUAAAACAGCAGUAAAAUACUGAAGCUUCAUACAGUAGCUUCUUCAUGUAUGCUGGAAAAUUGGGGACAUGUUUGCCUUUAAAAAAGCUGUACAGAUUGCAGACCAAGUGUCGGAAUACUCUAUGAUUUCACGCUGGUUUAUACUAAUUCAAGGUCAAAUUCAGAAGAAAUCUAAAUAGUGAGUAAGGUUGUGUUACUGCUUAAAUCUUUCCAAACAAGGAGCUUCAUCAGUCUUUUUUUUAUAGUCUCACUCAUGUGGUGAAUCAGUCUUGAACCCUAUUUCUUUUCCUUUUUCUCUUAUGUUGACAGCAACAGGUAUUGUGUGAGAGUGCUGCCAAAGCACAGGUGACCUCCACUCAACACUGGGCCUGAUAGCAUCUAGUAUAAACCUGAUUGGAGGACUAAUGCAGCUGCUGCUCAUCCAUGCAAACAUCUGCACCGUUUGAAGAGAAGGUUUACCUGCUAGUGGGUCACCUGAUAGAACUGUCCCUCCCACCCUUGUGCUUGUUAACUUACAUUCCCAAAACAUGUGAAACUCACAGACAUAGGAGAUUAAACACGAAACAAAGUUUUUUUUGUUGCAUUUAUCAAUUUUUUUUUCUAUGAUUUAAUUGUUUUAUGUUAAGAUUUGGGACUGGGCGAUUUUGCAAAAAAAAAAGAUCACAAUAUAUUUUGUCAUAUCGUCCAAGCUCGAUUGUCACGUUUUUUUUUUCCCUCUCUUUUUAAACUGUCAAAUUUAAUGCAUCUGUACUAAAAACUGAAGAAACUAGAGAUUGGGUUAACAUUUUAUUACCAUACAAAGUAAAUAAAAAGGCAAAUUAAAUAAGAUAUACAUAGAAAAAUAUAAAAACCAUUUUUACUCAACAACACAACAAAUGUAGAUAAUUGUUAAAUUACAAAGUGACUUACUUAACAGUCCUGAGUGUUUUGCAGUACCAAGACCCAAAAUAAUCAAAUCGCCCCCCCAGGAAUAAUGAAGACACCUUUAAGUGUGAACAUUAGAUGAUGUAAAUGUAGAUGAUAAGAUUGUUGUAGCUAGACUGCUAAUGCUACUUAUGCUGCCCGCAGUAACAGGCUGUGAAGACUCUGCUCGCAUUUUCAUACUUUCCUCAUAACUACUUGGGAAAUACUUCUUAGAAUAAUUAAACAGAUCUGUUGUUUUGCCGGUUUUUGAGGGCACCGACCACCGAGAAACCUUGCUUCAUUGCUUCAUUGCUUGACGUCACUUUGGAGAUACCCGAACCAACGCCACACAACCGACGUUGAAUAACUUCCUUUCUCAACAAUAACAUCUUUGCAGGAUGACUUAAAGUCAUGGCUGACAUCUUUUUUUGCUGCCCUCAGCUCUGCGUUUAGCUCCAUGUUAGUUCAUUCUAUCUCUUCUCCUGUUUACUUCUCUGGCAACUUACAGAAGUGAGAAGGAAAAGCUUGACUCUGAUUGGCUGUUGAUACACAUUUCUGCCAUGUUUGAUCAAGUAAAUGAGCUCACAGCUGAUCACUGUGAUUGAACUGAAAUUUAUCAUUAUCAUAUAAUUGCCCAGUUCUAUUAAGAACAAGGUUUAACACCAGAAGUUGAUAUAAUUUUGUUGUGUUCAUUUAAUUGCAGAUAUUAAGAUAAGUUUAGUGGUUAUGCAGGCGUGUCAUCAUCUGUAAAUAUGUCAUUUUAUCUUGUGCCCUUUUAGAUGAAUGUGUGAUCACCUUUCUCCAUAUGCGCAUGUAAUAACACCUGUCAAAUGGGAGGAUGCUUGGCACUGGAGUAAAUCAGCUGUUGCCUUAAGUGGAAUUUAAUUUGUAACAACAGACCUAUUCAAAUGAAUAAUCAAUGUGUGGAGUCAGUAUUUAUUCAGUGGUUGAGCUCGAGUGUCCCUUCUGUAUGGAGUUAUGUUUGAAUAGUGUUUGGUCUGUUUUUGUUGUGCCUUAAAAUGAACAGAGCUAUGUUUUCCAAACAGUGAAAUUUCAGUGCAUUGAACACGAAGAGGGUAAUCUGAGGAUCGAUAAAAUAACCAGUGUAAUCUCUUUUUAAAACUGGCAUAGUGACAGGAAAAGAUGUAGUUAAAUGAACUAAUAACUCAUGAAUAAAUGAAAUAAUUGAACACCUGCUGUUGUGUUUCCAACAGCAGCCUCUGUAGGUUUCUGUCAAACAGACUUACUACUAAGUGCAGGGGUGUGGCAAGUUUGGAAGUUAAUAGCAGUGUUUGCAGUGUCGUAAAUUGGAAGUGAAAGCAGCCCUACAGCUGUUCAUGAUUUAAUAAUAGGUUUAAUUUAGAGUACAGUAUGUGUGCAGUGCCAGUCUUAAAGAGUGGUAGUACAAAUUCAGAACAUCACAGUUUUACUGCUUUGAUAGUCUUUUCUUUUCAGUAUUCUUUAACGUUUUUGAGUCACUUCUAAACCAAGCUCCUUAUCUAAGGUUGUCUGCUAAGGUUGUCAGCACUAAGUGUCUAUUGUCCACUCAGUGCUGACUCUGGUCUCUAUGGAAAACUCAGAGACUACCAGGGACCAAGGUCAGUAACAGAUAUAACCAUUGCUAAGGCAACAAAGCAGAGAACAAUAUUACAUCCUUUUCUUUUAUUCUAGCUCCACAGUUGUUGCCUGUCUCCUGUGGCAUAUCCAGGUCUCCAAUGAGCUCUGACAUGACCGUUAUCUGGAGGUGAUGUAACUGGGUCGAAGUCUGUUGCUGUGUUUGACGGUUUUGUUGCAUUGACUAUGCAGGAUUAGCAAAAAUGUCAACCAAGCAGACACAUUGCUGCUCCAUUACUUGACAGGAGCUUUGCAUACAGUGUAACUGUAUCCUGUUUGCUGUUGCAGUGAGAAGUUCCCCUCAGGUCAUAAUCAAAGAGGCAUGUCAGCUUAUGUUUGACCCUAAUUACAUCCAGGAAGUACAUAAAAAAACAACACUGCGUUAGAUCUACAAAUACCUAUUGUGUGUGCACAGUCUUACCCUCACUACGUACUUCCUGCCCCCCUGCUUGGUUGGACAUUCUGCAGUGUUAAGGCCACAGGUCAUGUUAAAUGUCUUGCUGUUUCGUUGACAAAAAUGUAACAUUCUGGGAAAUGAAAUGCAACCUAGAGCUCACAGUACCCAGGAGGGUGUUUUAUCCACUUAAAGGUCAUUAAAUGCACAGAAACUCUGGUUCUCCAGAGAGAGGGGCCUGCAGAAACGGAGCUCCAGGCAUUACACGGCUGAUUAUUCUCAGGGGAAAUGGGCUUUGAACCUUUGGUCCUUCUUUGGGGAAUGGACUCUGUGGCUCCCAGUCAGCUUCUGCUGUUGUGAUUCCCAACGUUUCUGCUUCAUAAAACCACAGAGGAAAAACAUUGUUAGACUCAAGAUACCAUUGACGUGCAUUCCCAAAUCAAGAUGCAGUAGAGCUGUUACGGCGAGUUACUUAGGCAGGGCUUGACAGUGCAACCAUUUCACUCACAUUUGCGACUACAAAUAGAUGUGUGUGAAUUUUUUAAAUGUGUUUAGGGGCACACAUGCGCUUAAAAAAACCCCAAAUGUUUUUUCAUGUAAAUACCGCAGUGAAGUUAGUUUAAGGUUGGAUAUCAGACGGACAUUCACUGUGGAUCUACUGGUGUCUUCUUACUCUUCAUAACCAGUAAUAGCAACAGCAGCACGGUCAAAUCUACUCGGCACCCUCGCUGUCAACAUCGGGUGUUGAAUAAGGGACCAUCAAUUAAUUACCUGUUUACGUUCUCAGAAAAGGCUGUUUUCCAUCAAUAGCUUCCAUGUCAUGUGACCAAUUGACCUAAAAUUGAUUUCAAAUAAUAGUACUUAUGCUGACCAAUAAGACACACAUUAUUUGAUCAAUUUCCCUUGUGCCGCUUAAGUUUUUCGUGCGCUCCUUACUUUUUCAACUUGGGAGCACAUGUGCCAACCCCAUCAGGAACACAUUACUUGCAACGUUGUGGAAGAACAUAGCAUUUUACAACAAUCCAAAACUAAUAAAGUGCUGAGGGACAUUGGCUGCAACCAGCUGCAUCAACUUUCAAAACAGCAGUCUGGUCAAAUUCAUAGUGAACAUGGAAACUUGAAUCAGUGCAUUUACAGAAGGGAAGUACUCUGUCACCCCCUCUCUUAUUGCCUGCAGACCUUGUGUGGUGUGUUACAGUUAAAAAGUGUAAAAUGGCAGAAAGCACCAAGACAUUGAUUGGUUUAUAGUGCUAACUGUUUGGAUAGUCAACAAAUAAACAAUUAUUUAAAUGAUUGAUAGACUGAACAAAGGAUGAAUGAUAAAUUCGCUCAUACUUAGGUAUAAGCGUUAAAAUAUAACAUUACUCCUGCAAACAUGAAAAAAAAAAAUCAAGUUGGUCAUAGUUUUUAAAUACAGCAUAAAUGUUUCAUUGUGUAGCGUGGUUACUAACAUGGUGAAAGUUUGGUAGGACAAAUGGAAUAAACAAAUAAAAUGGGGAAUAAGGAUGAGGUACUAGAGUAAAGAUUUAAAGGUGGGGAAGUGAAAAUUUAAUAUUUGCAAUGAGUGGUUCAGACUUUGGGCUGUUGGUUUGAAUGUCAUUCUUCAUUUGUAACAGAGAAGUCCAAUGACCCUACCUUUUAGGAAGUUCCCAUGCAUUACUGUCAUGCUCCAGUGAUAUACAAGGUCUCCCAUACACAUUUAGCAGACAGCUCUUUUCUCUGCAGUUUUGAGGCUGAAAUACUCUUGGACGUCAGAAGUUUUGGACUCGGUGUGUAGUAUUGAGCUCUGCUGUGUUAAGGAAGAACAAGAGGGGUCUCUUUUUUUAAACCACAGAAGUCCAGAAAAUAAUGGAUCGUGUGCACACAAUAUGAAAACACAUGCAAAGACAUCACUAUCUGUAGUGUCAGCAAUUGAACUUGUUGGCAUCUACUUUUGCAUUCAUAUUUAUGUAAACUGUGGAGACUACCAUUGCACCCAUAUUGGAAAUCUGGUUGUGGGCAUUGGUUUUACAUGAAUCGAGGAAGAAAAUCUAAAAGUGGUUGGCAAAUAUGCCUCAUGAUUUCAUGAAUCCCAUUUCAAAGAGCACCUCAAACGUACAACCCCUUUUGUGAGUCCAGGUAGCGCUCUUUUCCCUUUUUUUUUUCAUUGGUUGGCAAAUAUGGUUGGGCAGAUAAAACAAAAAAAAAAAAAAAAAAAAAACUUGAGCAGCAUGCUCAAGUAUUCAUUGUAUGGUACUUGCUUCUUCCUAGAGGCUAAACCUGGGACUCAAUGGCUCACUAUUAUCAAAUCAAAUUUUAUGUAGCGCCAAAUCACAGCAGUCAUUAUCCCAAUACGCUUUCCAAAAAAGAGCAGGUCCAGACCAUGCUCAUUGUUUGAUAAAAUUAUAAUAACUAAUAACUAUUAUCAAAUUCAGUCAACACAACAGCUACUGCCAUUGGUGCAUGCCAGAUUGUCUCUUUGCAAGUUCUUCUGCUGCAUAGACUUUCUUCUCUCAUCUUCAGGAUGAGGCCUUUUCAGUUGGUGAAAGUAUUUGUCAAUGCUCAUCUGUGUGAGUGAACAUCCAACAUCAGAAAUCAAGUGUUUAGAUCGGUGCUACCUUCCAUCAAUGGAAAAUCCUAAUAACAAAUUUAUGUUUGAAGACUGAUGCUUAAGUUGCCAGUUAAGAGAAUGUUACUUCACUUAAGGUGACCUCAGUUUACAGAUAAAGUAUGUCUCUACAACAAAAACAAAUUCAUGAUCACUAUCUUAUGGCUGAGCUUGUAAAGCAAUGGUUAUUGAGAUGAAAUAAUGAAAACAUCCCCACGUUAUCUAUUAAAAUUUUUAAUUAUUUGCAUCUGUUGUGGAGGAUUCCAUCUUCAUAAUGUAAAUCUCGUUUGGCUCUUGACAGCCACUGUUGCCUCUGUGACAGGUUAGGUUUGCAAAGAAACCUCUUAUUCGAGAAUCCUAGUGCGAGAUGUCGCUAAAUACCCACAUUCUAUAGAAGGGUUUAACAGUCUGCGUAACUCCCCCCUCUACUGCAUGUUGUCUUCAGAAAGAGAGUAGCAAGAGAUUAUGUAUUGUGCUGUUGGUUACACAAACUAUUCUGAUAACAACAAAACGCGCAAGUUGUACUAAACCAUCAACUCGCACCCAUUUCAAGGUAAACAAGAAUGUAUUUGGUUGCUAGCCAUCAGAAGAGUCAUACUCAUAGACUGUAUAUAGAAUGGACAGAGUCUGCCUCCUUGCUGGAUGAAGCCACUCCGAGAACAGAACCCUCUGUUGACAGGCUGCAGUAUAGGUCAUAAAUCCCGCCUCCUCCAGCAAUCCUUAUGGAGCUGUGGACAAACUUUAGAAAUGUAUUACAGAGAAUAUAGAAUUUUCUCCCCCCUGCUUGCGGUGUUAACAUGUAGUUAUUGUAAGACUGGUUUGUGCUCGUCUUCUUUUUUCUGUGAAGCUCCAUUUUUAAAAGUUUUUAGGGGGUUCAUGUUUUCUAUGAUUGACACAUGAUACAGCCUACUGGCGUUCAGGGGUUGCGUAACUCACCCGGGGGAUACGCUGUUUGAGCCGAGCGUCAUCACAGCGACUCUCGGCGACUCUCCCGCCAUGAGCUGGCGGUCCAGAGUUUUUUUCCGAUAUGACGUAGUUUGUAAGCAACAAGCCUUUUGUGGGCACUAGUGAGAUAGCAAGAUUCCUAUUCCAAGUGAAUGGAGCUGCUGAAAACAUGGGGUGGUCUCCAUAUUUGGAGCUUGAUUGUGAUGUCAUACUUUAAAGUAGAAAUGUGGUUUGAACUCUGACCUUUAGAUGAGACCCGAACCGAAGAUUUCAAUAUCUCUUUCGGUUUUCCUACAAAGUGAGUUUGUUUGGGCCAAUCCUGUUCUAAGCAGACAGAGGCUCAGUGAGGCAAAGUCUGUGUCACAGGGGAGCUGCAGGUGCACUGUCACCAUGGAGACGACUCCCAUUCAGAGCACAGGGCCCGCCCACCUGGUCUUGAUUGACAGCUGUCUUCCAGACACCACAACACAGAGACAGCCGGAUUGCCUUGAGUUUCAAGUCAGAUUCAUAACAAAGGCCCUAAAUCAUCAACGCUUUGACAUAUCAACACCAUAUUAGACACGUGCCCUCACAACCCCACUCUGAAGACAUGUCCCACUCUGCAGUCGUCUUGGACAACCCCACCAUCCCCAAACAGGAAAUAGCCCUUAACGCAUUAAUGCCCUCUUGUAUCUCCACCCAAAACAUGGCCUAAAUAUGAGUAGCAGCGAAUUGGCAAGCGAGCAGGCUUUCCAAUUUGCUGAAAUUUUGCCAAUUCAAAAUUUCCCUGGAAUUUUCUAGUUUUGUAAUAGUAUGUCCUGUCAAUGUACAGGCAUGUUUAGGCGGGACCAAAACUCAUGCAUUAUGAAGUGUGGCAUAUCUUCUUCUUUGGUUUUAUUGGCAGAGUUACGAUGCAUAUCGCCACCUACUGUACCAGCGUUGUAAUGAAAUGUUACACUCACAGACUGUCUGAGGUAGCGUCCAUCGCAGAAGAAUCUAUUUGUGGUAAGCCGGCACAAAUAAAUGAAUGUGUGGGAAACACUGAACAAAGUUAAAGACUUAACUGACACUAAAACACAUCAGAGGUUUAUUAUACAUUAUACUAUUAUUGGAACAAUUUGUUGUAUGUAUUUAUUACAACAAAUUGUUCCAAUAACAGAGGAGUCUGUCAGGAAUGUGGACUUGUGUGUAUCUGGUUUUAACACGGCUCCUUACUGGAUGACAUUACAUCUGAAGUUGAAGCAGGUUCAAAUGUUGUGGCUAGCCCCUUCUUGGGUAAAUUCCUCUUAGACUAUCUGACUAAUUGGUCUUAACAUACAACCCCCAUACAACACAAUAACCACUCUACACUGCUGUAUAGAAUCAUAUUUAAUGAAAGAAUAUACAACUUUCUUUGUAGUAAACCUUAACACUAGGGUAGGUUAAACUAGGUCAACAGCUGUCAUUACUCCCUGGAUCAUUUAGCAAUGAAAUAAUUUUCAAAAACAGAGGUUGAAUAAAGCCCUCAUUGUAGAGUCCAAAUCCUGUUUGAGCUGUCUUAUUAAACCACAGUCACAUUUCUUGGAUGCAUGCAUCAUGUGCACUGAGCUGCAGAGUAAAGGAUGAGUGAUGAUGAGUGUUUGCCUUCAGCACUGAUGAAUCUCUCUCUCUCUGUUUUCUAGGCUAGCUGUGUGCGUGCUGACCUCAUGGUGUAACAGGAGUAAAGAUGAGCAUUAGCAGUGAUGAGGUCAACUUCCUGGUCUACAGAUACCUACAGGAGUCAGGUAUCCUUUCAACACCUUGUGUUCAUUCUGCAUACAUUUUUUUUUCCUCUUUGUAAAAAACAAAUUGUAACUGGUAUGCUGCAGUGGUAAGCUUUUAAUGCUUUCCAGUGUUCAUAUACGAGGCAAUCCUGCCCCCCCACACCCCCCACCCUACCCACAAUUAAAGCCACAAUUCAAUGAGUUCUUCAUUGUGAUUUAGUUUUAUCUGGAAGCUGUUGCAUGGAUUUUGGAAAGUCAGAAACACAAUGAACACAAGUCAACAAAAGUGAUUUUUUAUAGGUGGUCCUUAUGAUCAGAAAUGUGGGUUAACAUCUUUUUCAAAACGAAGGAAGACAUCUGGUCUUGAGGAAUGCAGUGAUGAUGAGAAAUAUUGCAGUUCCUCGAGAGUCUUAUUAAGGCAAGAACCAAGAGGACCCCAUUAUCAGCCAAGUUAAAAGGCCUUUCUUUUGAAGGAAUAGACACAUUUACAGCCAGUUGCACAAUAUGCUUUUGGUCUGUUUGACUGCUUUUCAAAAGAUCUACUUCACAAGAAUAUCUUGCAUGAUGUGCAAAUGUUUAAACAUGUUCAAAUUUUGCAAUCAUAUGUCUGAUGGCCUUUUUCCAGGCCUUUUGCAAAGGUCCCGCUGUGAAUAACAAAGGUAGACGGGGUUGAAUACUUGCUGUUGCGCUGCAUGAGGGGUUACAUUUGAAGAAACAGUCUCUGCACAAUUUUAGUAUAUCACUGGCAAGUUUAUUGCAAUGUGCCAAGCAGCUAAAAGCAUCAAUCCAGGGUUUCGAAGCAAGUAUGGAAAUGUAUGGAAAAGUAUGGAAAUAAAUGUGAUCAAUUUCCAGGUCUUAAAAAGUAUGGAAAAAUAUCUUUGUUUCCAGACUAUUACCCCAGUUCUAAAAUGCUGUUUUCUAAAAUAAAAAUUAAGGGUAAAAAGCAGGGUAUGGAAAAGUAUAGAAAUUCUAACUGUGUAGGAACCCUGUUAAUCCUGUGUCUCUACCAGUGUCUGUGUGCCUCAAGCUAUGUUGGGUUAGCUCUUCAAAUAUGCAGCAGCCAUCAAUUGACCCCAGACUUCCUCCUCUAAAACCCUUGAGUUGCAUCACAUAGACUACAUCCACUCCUGACACAGCCUGUGAGAUGAAGCAGCCAUCCGAAAGCUGCUUGUCAGUUUGUUGGAUUGGCAAAGACACAUCAGUCUCUCCAUUUGUGUCGUUUGUCUGAAGUGCAAAACGCAGAGUUAGUAGAACAGAAGUAGUACAUCCAUUUAUUAGAGAUUGACUAUGUCUUUAAACCGAUGGUCAGAAAUAAUAACUCUGAAUACUGAGAGGAGCUGCCAAAAUUGGACUGAAACUGUUCAUUCACCAAUAAUGGCUUUUCUGUCUUAAAUUCACUUUAAUUUUUUAUUGCAUAAUAUGCUUAGCAGUGACCGUUGGCUCAUAUGAAGUUUGAAAAUCCUAUUAUGUUUUUGUUUACUGUAUUAUUUUUAUUACCCAAUGGAGACAUAGUUAUUGAUAUUCAUGAAAGACCUCCCCCAGUGUCACAACACAAAAAGUUUCCCCAAAAUAUUAAAACUAAUUUCGUAACUCUCAAAUUCUGACAGUGGAUGUUAUUUUUCUCCUCCUCUCAGGGUUCUCCCACUCAGCUUUCACAUUCGGUAUAGAAAGUCACAUCAGCCAGUCCAACAUCAAUGGUGCUCUGGUUCCCCCUGCUGCUCUCAUCAGCAUUAUCCAGAAGGGCCUGCAGUACGUGGAGGCUGAAGUCAGCAUCAAUGAGGUGAGACGCUGAUAAGAAUAACCUCCAAACUCUCCUCUUUCCUCCUCUCUUUUGCUCCCUAACCUUGCAGCUGUCUCUUCUACUCCGUAGGAUGGCACAUUAUUUGAUGGGCGGCCCAUCGAGUCUCUGUCCCUGAUCGAUGCUGUGAUGCCUGAUGUUGUUCAGACGAGGCAGCAGGCCUACAGGGACAAAAUGGCCCAGCAGCAGGCUGCUGCUUCAGCACCAGCAUCGGCCACUGGAGGCAGCAUAGCUGGCAACACAAAGAAUGGGGAGAAUACUGCCAACGGGGAGGAGAACGGAGCCCACGCCUUAGCUAGUGAGAUUUAUAUAUGUAUAUAUAUAUAUAUAUAUAUUCAUUUACUAAAAGGCCUGCAGUGAAUAAUAAAGACCUGCAGGGUUGCAGCAGGUUGUUAGCUACCAUCACUGACAAAGCAAGGGUUCAUAAUGUGCAUACUCUUAUUUUGAACUUAGUGGUCAACUGGAAAAAUUAUGAAGUAAAUCUAGAGUUAAGAUUUUUUUUUAACCAACAGAUUUUUUUGCAUCAAUUACAUAUUGUAAUUUCACUUAAGCCAAUUAUAGCUGCGAUGAGGGUAGUGUCCUCACAAAUCUAUUGGUCAUGUUUCCCAUGGGCCAUUCCUUCCUUUUUAACUUGAAACUCUUUGCUUAGACAACCAUGCAGACCUGAUGGAGGUCGAUGGAGAUGUCGAGAUUCCUCAGAACAAGGCCAUGGUCCUGAGGGGUCAUGAGUCAGAAGUCUUCAUCUGUGCCUGGAACCCAGUCAGUGAUCUGCUGGCAUCAGGGUAAGUCACAUUUCCUCUCCUCUGAGAUAACUCUCCCACCCGCAGUUAAUAUGUACCCACAUUUUUGGUCUUCACCCCUUCACAGGGACUAAGGGUAGUCUGAAUUAUAGCUGACUACAGUAAGAUCAUAUCUAAUAGUAAUAAGAGCCAAAAUAAGACAGUUGGUUUUUCACGUUUAUUUACUUUGAACUGGGGCCAAUAUCCUGUAGAUAUCUCAUAUUAACCUCUAUUGACCUGCUGUGAAAAUAUGAUGAUUGUAAGUUGUCGGUGUAUGGAUUUAAGCAAAUUCUAAUUGAACACAAUAAAGGAUGGACCUGAAGUUUUGUACAUUUACAUUCCUGCAAAUGUUGUGCGCAACAGCACAACAGCUGAAUUCAUACUGUUGGAGUUGGUCUACCAGUCAUAAUUUAUUUAUAUUUACAGUACAUUUGCAAGCUUGAUGGACAUGACAUUCUGGAAAAUAAUUGUUGCAAUGCAUUUCUGAUUACUUGUAAUUAGAGCUGUCAGUGAUAAUACAUUAAUUGAGAUUAAGUGAUGCCAUAAGAAACGUAUGUGUGUGUGUGUGUGUGUUUCUCAGGUCUGGUGAUUCGACGGCUCGUAUCUGGAAUCUGAGUGAAAAUAGUACAAGCAGCUCCACGCAGCUGGUCCUGAGACACUGCAUACGAGAGGGAGGACAGGAUGUCCCCAGCAACAAAGACGUCACCUCGCUAGACUGGAAUGUAAGCACACACACACACACACACACACACACACACACAUGAUGUAACGUGAGUCACACUCCAUGGCUGCAUCCAUUCAAAAUGUGGAAGCUGGUCAAAGCUGUGGGACUGGCAGAAAUAUUUCUGAAUAUCAAAGUGCUGUUUCAUGAUGAUGGAGCUGCCUCAUGACAUACUUUUUAAUCAGCGUUUUUGAUGUCCAUCACAUGACAGUCACAGUCACAGACAACAAAAACAAACAAUUCAUUGAAAUGCUCCCUGCAGCACCAAGGCAAACUAGGACAAACUGAACGUCCCAGAGCGCUCUGAACAUCACUGUGGAUGGUGUCUAACAGUUGAAGUGUAUCAGAGAAUGGAAUUUUCCUUUAGUCAAGCCAGUGGAUUGUAAACCUGAGCCAAGGGCAGAGGCAGAAAUUUCCUGGACAGCAUCCAUGCUGAUGGAGAACACAGAACCCUCUUAUGAUAGCAGCUGAAUCACAGUAAAUGUCCAUUGAGCCAGGACUCUGAAAUGCAAAUCCUGCAACUGCAAAAGUAAGCUUAGCCACUCCUUAUCUUUUUGUUUUGUCUGACAGAGUGAAGGCACGCUGUUAGCAACAGGCUCCUAUGAUGGUUUUGCCAGAAUAUGGACAAAGGAUGGUGAGAUGGCUUUAAUUUAUUCAACAGAAAUGUGUGUGAUUUGCCCCUAGGAAACAACAUUAAGAUGACUGGUUCUUGAUUAUUUAAAAGUGUAUUAAGACACUGUUUAAGCAUGUUAUAAUAGAAACUCGCUGAAUGAUUCUGCCAUGUAUACUUGGAUGUUAUUUCUGGUGUUUUGACAACAUGCAUGCCACAUGGCUUUCAGUGUAAACAUGUAACAAUACUGCCACCCAGAGGCAGAUUUUCACACUGCAUACCAAGUCCUGGCUUGAUGUCCUCUUGUUGUUUUUCCAUAUCUGAUACCGACCAUUUUUGUUUGGCAUUGCAGGAAACCUUGCUAGCACACUUGGCCAGCACAAAGGUCCCAUAUUUGCCCUAAAGUGGAAUAAAAAAGGCAAUUUUAUCCUCAGUGCAGGAGUAGACAAGGUGAGCAAGGGUCUAUAUCCCAGCAUGGUUUUCCUAGGAAGCUAUUUGGUAUGCUUACAAACAGUGCUGUGUUUAGUCUGCAGUAGCUUUAACUUGACAUGGAUAUGUUUCUUGCCAGACAACAAUCAUAUGGGAUGCCCAUACAGGAGAAGCCAAACAACAGUUUCCUUUCCAUUCAGGUAGUACAUUUUUAGUUUUGGACCUGUCUCUUGGGACUAUGUGUGGAUUUUUAAUACAAUCUGUCUGUCUCCUCUCACAGCCCCAGCAUUAGAUGUGGACUGGCAGAGCAACAACACAUUUGCCUCCUGUAGUACAGACAUGUGCAUCCAUGUCUGUAAACUGGGACAAGACAGACCCAUUAAAACAUUCCAGGGACACACAGUAAGUGCCACGUCCUCAUCCUCAUUACUAAUGCAUGACGUUUGGAGGGCUUAAAGUCCCUGAACGGGUUGAAAUGUGUCACUCUUUCUCACUGAUCAGGUUUUUAAAUAAGAUAUUUGAAACAUACCUUGUUAUAGGUAUAAUGUAUAACUAGUAGUUUUACAUUUACAUUAAUUUUAAAGCAGUAUCUUUAGAGAAAAAUGGGAUAGCAAAAACAAACACUGAAUAUACGGUGAAUUGAACCUAGUCUCUGUUUUACACAUUCUGUCAUACUCUUGUCAUCCUUUUUUUCUCCAGAAUGAAGUAAAUGCAAUCAAGUGGGACCCCACAGGGAACCUGCUCGCUUCCUGCUCAGACGACAUGACGUUGAAGGUGAGCUGAGCAAAACCUGGUGAAAUAUUGCACACCUUCUGUAAUCAGUAAUACUGCCACUGCUGCCCUUGCAGUGAAAAUACUUGCUCAUGCAGCAUGGUAAUUUGUUCAUGAUGACAAGGGAUUAUUCAUCUCACCUGUUUUUUUUUUUUGUUUUUUUUUUGGUUUCUCCUAUAAAGAUGGCAGACAUUUGAAAAUAAGUAGACAUUGAAGUAAUUACAACAAUGUCCUCACCAAAUAUGCUCUUCUUGCUUCUGAUCUGCUUUCAAAAAAUCAUUUUUUUCAAAAUCACUAACCAUCCUCUCACUCAGGUUGCUGUAGUUGCUGCUUGUGCUCCAUGCUGAGCACACAUUCCUAAUUCAUGUCAGUGCAGAAAAGUCAAAGUUGUUCAUUUUUGCUUUUUCUUCUUUUCAGAUUUGGAGUAUGAAGCAAGACUCAUGUGUCCACGACCUGCAGGCUCACAGUAAAGAAAUCUAUACCAUCAAAUGGAGUCCCACUGGCCCUGGAACUAACAAUCCCAGUGCUAAUCUAAUGCUCGCCAGGUUAGCAUCAGCGAUAUCAUUGAUAUCCCAGAACAAAGCUACUUCCCAAGCCCAUCCUUGGGCUGCAGCAUGUAUGCAGUUUUAAGUUUGUAUGCACUUGUCUAACUUGACAAGCUCAGAUUGAGCUGAUUUUAUGCACAAGUGAAAGAGAACAAGAUUUAUGCAUUUUGUUUGUAUGAACAGUUUUCACCCUUGAGCUUUGUGUUGAAGGCAGCUAACUGUUAUGCACAUUUUUGUACACAGUAAUGCGCAUUUUCUUUAAUGUAGCAGUAUCAAAAGCAUCCUGACUUUUUAGGAGCCUCCCUUUAGCAAUAUUCGUCCUUGUCCUCUCUUCCCACAGUGCAUCGUUUGACUCCACAGUCCGUCUUUGGGAUGUGGAGAGGGGCAUCUGUAUCCAUACACUGACCAAACACCAAGAGCCAGUCUACAGUGUGGCUUUUAGCCCUGAUGGUCGGCAUUUGGCCAGUGGCUCCUUCGACAAAUGUGUGCACAUCUGGAAUACACAGGUAUAAGGAAGGGGAAGAGGGACACCUUACCUUAGCUGUGCACAGUAACAAUUGUUCUGGGAAGCCUCUUAACAAAACUUUUGUGCAUCCUGAAUACCUUCAAUUCGAGUUAUACAUCCUUUGUUGAGCAGGACUUUGCAGGUGUCACAAAGACUGCUCGUGACAAACAAGUGUAGUGCUGUGAAUACUUUCUGGACGUGCUGUAAGUCUGCAGCGUUGGUUAUCUUGAGGAUUAAACUACAUCUGUAUUUGAACCAUUGCUUAAAUCUUUAAAGGGUCCCUGAAAUCGCAAACUUAAAAAAGAACUUCAAAGUUCCCCUCACAAGCUCAGCCCCUUUAACCUCACUGUUUUUGUUUUUGCUUUCGCUUCAACUCACUUCUGUCAAAUGAGUCUCCCCCACCGCCAAACCACAGACAGAGGAGUCUAGAUUGGAAGUAAAGUGAAAUAUCAUUUAGCAUCUUAGGAGACAGAUCUGAAACUGACUACAAGACCAUUUGGAAUUUCCUCCUGUGGGACUAUUAAAGGAACAUCUUAUCUUACCACGCUGAACUCUGGACAAAGACAUAAUAGGUGGAGAGGUGUAUCACUGCUGCCCCCAUGUGGUCGAGGAUUAUUGCUGCAUUUUCAAAAGGCUCUUGAAGCUGUUGUUAAAGAACAGGUUUAGGAUCAACUUUAAGAUAAGAAGUUUAUUAAGUUGUUGGUGAGUGAAGCCCUGUGUUUUAUUACAGCCUACCAUGUUUCUCCCCCUUCUCACUCUCUGCUUCUCUCUCCUGUGCUGCAGACGGGCGCUUUAGUCCACAGUUACAGAGGGACAGGGGGAAUCUUUGAGGUUUGCUGGAAUGCAGCAGGGGACAAAGUGGGAGCCAGUGCGUCAGAUGGAUCUGUAAGUCCUCUCUGCACAGUUUGGAUCUGUGACUUUGACUGUAAUUGUUCUGUUUCCUUCCUUAAACUUGAUCUCUCCUCCUUUGCUCUAGGUGUGUGUAUUAGACCUUCGGAAAUAGUACUGCUGUUUGUUGGAAGCCAUGGACCGACCAUGAAUGUGUACAUAGCCAAAUGACUGUCCCUGCCUGCCCUGCGUACUGCUUUCGCUUACGAAUAUGGCCCCGCCCACCGACAGACAGGAAGCAGGAGGCAGGAAACAGAAACAGGAAGCAAGCACCCGACACAGCAGGUCCAAACACAGGGAUGAACAGAAGGACAGGCGGAUGGAUAAACGGGCAAAUGGAGGCGCCCCUCUCUAUCUGUGCAGACUCUUACAGAGAUGCAGAAGGGACGCCGAGGAAAAAAAGAAAAAACUCAGACAAAAAAAGUUACAGAUCCAUAUAUGUACCAAAAUUUGGAAGCUUUUUUUUUUUUUUUUUUUUUGAUCUUUAAACCAUGCUCAUCAUCAUCAAAAUGAAAAACAAUGAAAAAAGUGUUGAUCUUUGUUACUAGUUGGAUCUCAAUGUGCAGACAUAUCAACUUCUCCACCAUAAUAUAGGAUGGCACUUAGUUUUUUUUAAAUUUCAGAUCGCUUGUUUUAAUGUUUUUAUAUUUUUUAUCUUUGGGGAAGGGGCAGGGGCUGGCCGAGUCAGAGUUUUUUGAAUUGGAGAAAAAAACAAGCUCAGACAUGCAACCCAAACCGUGUCCUCGUCAUGAUUUCAAACCCGUACUGGACUUCUUUUCUUCAUGUAUUGCAGUAAUAGUUUCAGCGGUUGUGAGCGAGUCAGACAGUUGACUUCAAAAUGCAGUAAUUCAUGUGUCAUUAUCUCCAGAGGACAAAUCCUGGACUCUUCUUUGUACUACCACCCGCCACAGAUGAUGAUGUACAUCUGUUUGAAGAUCGGCCUUUCUGUGCACUAUUUGUUCAAGAUUCUUUGACCCACACUUCUCAUAUCUGGAGGUUUUGGGCUAAGCAGUUACCACCCGCCUAGAAAACCUUAACUUGAUGUUCUAACAUGGUUCACUGGGUCUCCUCUCAGAUGACAUGCAUAUUUAACUCAGACUCAACACAACACAAAUGAAUGCAGUUCAAAAAACCUUUGCAUUGCUUAAAGAGGCUUUUGUAAGUUUUCCUAAUAAAAUAUCAUUUCUAAACUGGUUCAUCCUUCGAGGCCUAGACCAUCAGGUUAAUAGUGCCCCUGACUCAGGUGGUCCAAAUGCAAACCACUCCCUUUCAAGUGUUGAGUAGCCUUUAAUAGGUCCUUUGAGUUGGUGUAAUAGGAAUGUCUGAGUGAUUGGAGCCUGUCAAUGAGGUUUUUUUUGCAUGACUCUUGCUGGAAAAGUCCAAUGUUUAUUAAGUACAUGUUUGGUUUUCUUUGUUAAGAAACAAGGGGAAAAAGUCACUUCAGAAUCAGAUUCAUUUUAAGGCUGACUCAAAUUCAGCUUUAUCCAUCAGAUAGGAGAAGUGACUUUCCAGUUUUACCACAAAGGUUUGACUGAUUUUAGAUCAUCAUGUAGCUGUGAGAAAUAUCUCUAGUAUGAAAUAUGUCAAAUGGAUGGGCUUUCCUAGUGUGAGUGAUACUGACUCUAUUGCAGCACAGGAAGAUGGUCUGGGUUAUUUCCUUUUUGACAUGCAGACAUUUGAGUACAUGCUCUAACAAAACAAGACUUUUUAUUAGAAGUGUUGGAGUCGAGGAGCCUGAUGUAAACAGGUCACUUGUCUUUUUUUAUUGAACUGAAAAGGCAAACCGUUCCAUUAGACUAAUGAGUCUGGUUCUGCCUUAGGUUUCUGACUGCCAAAGGGAGUUAAUAUCUUACUGCUGUAGCUACGUUCUUGCUAAUCGAAGGACUUGAUGUAAUAUGAAAACCUUAGCUGGGAUUGGGUAACUGGUUGAUUUAGAGCUAAAGUUUCAUCCGAGUUUGAAAUUGAAUGACAUGUUCGAUACACUUUAAAGGGAGUGGUUUACAACAUGUAUGGCUGUAUGAGGUUGACAGGCUGCAAAUUCAAAACUGCAAUACCCUGUUGAGGUAAUUAUUUACUCUAAUCUUUAAACUGUUUUUUGAACAAAGUCACUUUGCCACUUGGCUAAAUCUGGUCUGGUGAAUCUUGUGAUAUAUUUUUGAAUAUUUGAUGACACAAAUAUCUCAAUUUCUCUUGAGGAUUUAGUGAGGUUUGAAAUGCCAACAGGCUGUAAAGGCAGACUGAUCAUGUGAAGUUUCCUGCCUUUGAACAGACAGCACAAACUUGCUAAAAGUUACAGGUUCAUGUUCAUGGACACCAGUAAUUUUUCCCCUUGUUGAAUUCUACUGACUGAUCCAAGACCAGUCCAGGAAGCAGUUCCAACUUCAAAGCAAUAGGUGUACUUGUCAUGAUACACUACAUUUAUGCAGUCCAUAACCCAGUUAAAGCAGUAAAGGAUACAAAGUAGAUGAGGCAAUGUCCAAAGAAGCUACAGGUCAAGUUUGAAGUCUUAACACACAACGGUCUUGGUGAAUACAAACAGUUCAAAAGUGAACACAUUUCAAAUUAAUCUGCCCUCACUUUGGUUCUUCUCAUCACUAAAAUUCUGUCUGUGUGUUAUUCAGAAGUCCCUCAAAGAUGAGACUUUUUAUACUCUUUAAAGACAAAUUUAAAGUUACAUUUUUGUAAUUUCUUUUUAAAUUUGAAAAAAAAAAAUGUGAAUGGUUGAUUUAUUGGCAGUGUUAAUUGACAUGUUCUGUCAAUUUUAAAAGAUGUUUUGUUUUGUUACUUUGAUGCUAUUGCAAAUAGUUAAAGGUUGACCAUGUAAUGUAAGGCUCAUUGAGCUGUCAUUCUGAAGGCACCUUGUCUGGGGAGAGUUUCCUCACAAGCAAAUUACCACUAAAUUUGUCCGUGUUUGAAUAAAGAGAUGUUUUUUCUUUUUUUGGGAACCUUUCUCCCAAAAGACUUUCUCUUGAACUCCUCUUGGCUUACAAAGAAAGAGAAUUCAAAACGUAAGCCUUUAAAUGGAAUAAAAUUGUAUUUUUCAAUCAAGCCAAGACUCAAAGUUUCCUGUUUCCCCUUCUCUUUCAUCCACAGUUUGGAUUUGUUCAGAUAAUCUGCAGGCAGAUUUGAUUUUAUUAGUUGAACAUGGGCUUGAAUUCCUGUCUUGAGUGCAAACCAAAAGUCAAAAAUAAAAACCUCUCUUCCUUGAAUUUUAGUUGAAAAUACAUUUUUCCUACUUGCUCUUGGCAUCCCUGGGUUGUCUGCAAGCUUGUUCAAAAUGGGAGAGUGUAAGCAGUGAAUCGCCAUGACAACCAAAUGGUCAAAUGAGGCAGCUAAUUUCCAAUCUGCAGCUGCCCUAAAUCCAAAGGUUCGGAUAUAAAUUUAGACACAAAAUAGAUUGUCUUUGCCAGUGUUGCUUUGAGUGCUUGCAAUCUGGGACCAAGUCAUAAAAUGAACCUUGGAGUCCAGAGUCAGACUAAAAUCAUGAGGAACUACAAAUGAUAAUUUUUAGUGAUAAUUCAUAUCAAUCCAAAAACUAAGCAUCUGCCUGCAGAGCACCUCUGCUCCUGACAAGGUUUAGUUAUGAUUUCCCUCAUCAUAGAUGUAAUUUUUCUUUGUCCAUGGCCUGAAAAUAAAACAUUCUUGUAUACAAGUGAAUGUUUUUUCUCUCCUAAAUACAUGGCACUUCUGUUUGGCAACUUGAUGAGUCCUUGCCAUACCCCCGUCUGUUCAGCGCAGUUUGGGGUUGAUAUGAUCAGUUGCUGAGUCAGCCUUUAUCUAUGUCGCACAACAGAGUAUCCCUCUGAGCCCAGCAGCUUCUCUCCCAUUGGGUCCCCAGGUCUUUGUUUUUGUUUCUUUCUUUUUGGUUUUCAGCCACUCACACCACAUAAAAUCUGUUAACAUGUAAAGUCAGAUCAGUGAAACAAAAAAGUCCAGAAUAAAGUAUAUUUUGAUAAGAGUUUGGAGUCUUUAUUUGAGUGAAUGUGUGUGCACAAGUGUGUUUGUUCAAAUACUGUGUAUCAUUCUUGAUGUAAUAUUUGUACAUCUGUGACAAUCACAAGUUUAAACCAUAUGAAAAAGAAAAAGUAAAGGCUUUAACAACCUAAAUGAAAUGAAAGGGCUUCAAGUCGUUCAUGCUAACAAGCUCAUGCUUGUGCUUUUUGUGUUACACAGCAGAAGAAACUGAAGAGGCAUGCUUAUUUGUUUUCUGCAUAUUUGAAGUCAGAAAGAAAAGCUUUUCGGCACUUGUCUAUCAGAGGAGCUGCUACCAUCAGGGUUAUUUAUCCUCCAUAGGAAACCUCUCAGCAGCCUGUAGUGGUUACUGCAGAGUUACUGGAUUGCAGAAACCACAGCACAGAAUCAAAAGCUAAAAUAUGAAAAGACAGAUGAGAAAGGGACCAAAGUUCAUCAGAUGAGAGAAAAAAAAAAAAAAAAACAAUCAUCAGAAUCAUUCACACUUUCCCAGAGCAGACGGUUCAAGCAUCAAGGCUUUGGACCAUGAUGCCCCGGCUGGGAUUGGGUUGUGCUUUAUCAAAAUCAACAUAUCAAAAAAAGCAAUAAGUAUCUGAAGAAUGACAUUCUAGAGGCUAAAAAUAUUGAUUAUAGUAUUAUAACUUUUAGGAGAAUAAAUAGAGAGGUCCUGCUUGAAAAGGAACAUGAGCUCACAGACAAAUAUUAAUUAGUCCUUAAAUCUUUGUUUCAUCAUGGACACCUACACUGAGCAAUGAUUCUCAUUCUCAAGAUUGUCACUGUAAAAGCUGUCCAUGGUGCAAAGCUUUCAAGUUUAAGUGAGCAAAUUAAUAAAUACUAUCAUUCAAGUAAAGAUUUAUAUUCUGCAAAGUGCAUCUCAAGUCUGUGUUAUAGUUUUUCCAUUAAAAUUAUAUUUAUAUUUCCACAACACCAGGGACCAACUGCAUGUAGUCUAAACUCAGGGAUUCACCUCCUCAUUUUUAUCAGACUGCUGAGCAGAAACCUGAAUGUAUAUAUACAUGGCUCUGGUUUUCACCUGACUUUGACAGUUUCACAGACUGUUUCAUGUUUAUAACCUACCCUACAUUCAAUGCUAAGAAGAUCUGUCUUCAGUCUUGUUGUUGAGGUCCUAUCUCUAACCACUACAAUGCUAUUUUAGCCCAUACUAGCACUGGCUGAACUCUAGAGGGUAUAGAUGCAGUUUCCAAAUCAGCCAUUGUAAAUUAUAAAUAAUGCAAAUGCUCAUUCCAACACCUUGUAUACCUUUCCCCAUGUGCCUGAUGGGACGAUCCUGUGGUUCACAGCUGAGUUCAUUUUUGAUCUAGAAUAAAGGGAGCAGGCCACUGUAGUUGAAAAGAAAAAAAAAGACUCAUCAAAAAUAGUAAAAGUUGAAUGGAGUGCAAAAAAUAGCAAAAAUGUCCACCGAAGAUGGCUCUGGAGAGCAUUCAAGUUUAUGUUGAAAGAGAUAUUUCAGUGUCAAUUUAAGUUAUGGUCAAACACACCAUGACACUGAAUUAGACACCCCCUUGAGAGAUGAAUGUUGUCAUCUGCUUGCUUCUCUAGUUAUACCAACUUUAGUAGCGACUGCACAAUAGCAAUACACAGUGGUCUUAGCAGCCACUCGCACACCUCAACCAAAAAGCCACUUUAUAGCCACAAACAAUGCUCAGAACAGCACCUAACUUCAUCAACAGUACAUAUAGAGUCCCAGCCAUAGUACUAGCCACCAAACAUCUUUUUAGCUUUGCCUGUUUUUUUUUUUAGCAAAGAAACUUAACACAACUUACCCACUCUCCCCCAGCAGUCGCUUGUUUGCGAGGGGGAGCCC